AUGAACCAGGAAGCUCAGGGGACUGUUUUGCCCUUUCAUGCCUUUUGCACACUUCUGCUGCCUGAACCAGCCCAGAUGAGCCUCCCACAGCUCUUGCGGAGAGGAUCCAGGACUCUAACCUUUGGACCUUUUGUAAUUUGCUCUGAACUUCUAAACCGUUUGGCUCAGCUGCUUUCCCACGGACUAUUUAAAGGCAGGUCCAAGUGGGGACGCUCAGACUCUCUUUUGACGCUGGACUGGGAGAAGAAGGAGAGGAGAGGGCAGAGCAGCCACAGGGUCAACAUGGGACCCCCACAGCUCUGGCUGCUUCUGCUGCUCAGCAGUGCUGCCUUGGCACGUAAGUAGCUUCUGCCAUUUAGCGUGGAGGUGGAAUGGAAGGGUCUUCCCUUUUGAAGACAGUCCCUAGAUAUUGCAUUCAAUAGAGAAGUGGUGAAUAGACUGCAAUGGCCCGUUGCUCCCAUAAGGGAUGGUUAUCUAUUGAUGAGACUGUGGAUCUAUGAAAAUCUGAUCUAGACAUGCUCACUUUGCUGGUAAAUGCCUGGUUCAUUCCACAUACCAGGCACUCUGUGUUUUCUGCUUACUUAGCUUUUUACCGCUUUAAGGAGGAGGUUGAGGUUUUGUCAGCUGUGGUGUGACAAGUUAGAUGGCAUUUGGUGACAGAAAUACAUGUCUGUUGAAAGUUUCCUUCGUGUCUUCAUUAGAGUGCAUUCUGCUGUUGUUGUUUUUAAACCAGAGUCUCCAAUGUGGCUUAUGACAUUUAUCAAAAAAAGUAAAUGGAAAGGAAUAUGUGUUGGACCAUAAUAAAAAGCCCGUAAUUAAUUGGAAAAUACCUUUAUUUGAAACAACCAAAUAGUGAAUGAGCUUUCCAAGUUCUACAGUUUAAGAAUUAAACCAGCGGUGUAACUCACUGUGUAGAGCAUUUGAUGAAAUAUGAAGCUACAAUCUUGUCCCAAGGACACACACUGAGGCAACAGUCCUAUGCACACUUUCUGAGAAGAGUAUGCCCCCUUUGGACCUUUCAGGACCUGUUCCAGAAUUAAACAUGCAUGGGACUGGGCCAUCAGGCUGUUGCAAUCCUAAACACAUUUACCAAGGUGCAAGACCCACUAGGAUCAGAACAAACACAGAAAGACUUGGGCUUCAGUCCUAACAAGGGUAUUGCCCAACCGUUGCUUUUGGAGAGCUUUCCCCUUGAAUGAACUAACACUGCUACCUUUGCUUUUUAAAGUCCCAUUUAAGUCAGUGGCUUCAAACAAAUGGAACUGGGUUCAGGACUGCAGGCUGGCAUCCUGAUCCCAAACACAUUUUUUCCAGAUGAAACCUCUGUGGAUUUCAGUUGACCUCAAAGUAACGCUAUGACCAAUCACCUGGGAAUUUCGAACACACACAAUGUACUCAGUGGGGCUUACUUCUGAGUAGGAUUGCUCUGUCAGCAUGCUUCAGACUUGGAUGUAAAGUUGCUUCAGUAGUCCCAUUGUUUGGAGGAAAACAGUGAUGUUCUUGCCUCUGGGUUCAGUUUCCCUUUCUGCUUGGUGGACCUGCAUUCUUCAGAAAGUGGGACUGCAUCUAAUACCUUUGCAUUCUUCUUCACUCACUAAAGAAAAUAGCACUUUAGCAGGAUCAGGUUCUCCACUGGGUUUGGGUGCUCAGUGUAACUCAAUGCUUUCUCUGGAUCAACAACGGGGAUUCAUCAGCUAUUUGAUAUGCAUGUUACGCUACACAAAUGGAUCUUUUCAACAUUUCAGACAGAGAAGCAUAUGGCAAAUCACAUACUCAUUCUCAUAGCAAAACAGCCUUUGGAAAGGAAGCAUAUUUUAGCAGCACUUACCCUUUCAAAGCUGACAGUUGUCUAAGCAGCCUGAGGCAGAAUGUAUAUUUUGAUGGAGAACAGUUAUUGACGAGGACAAUUUGCAAUAAAUUCAUUUACCAGCCAUGCUGCUCUUGAAGGUCUGUAUUUUUCAGACUGAAGCAUUAUCCCUCACCAGCACAAUAAAUUGUCUACUUGUUAGCAAAGACAAAAAUCAGAGUCAACGCAGCUUUAUCAUUCAAUCCACAAACUGCUUGAGUGAACAUUUCUGCUCAAGUGGGUCAACAGCAAUAAACAGCAUGUUUAUAAGGCGACUGUACUGUAUUUUGUUCCUCUGGUAUAUAAUUGGAACUGAAGUUGUCCUUUGUUUAAAUUUCUUUUACAGAAGAUGGGCCAGAAAAUUCAAAUCCAGGCUGUUCAAGUAAGCAAUUUUUAUCUGGUCUUUUAUGCUCUUCUUCUCUUCCUGGUUUCUUAAAACUUCUGCCCAAUGAAUUCUUGGGUUUGGGUUUCAUAUGAUGCAAACAAACUGGCUAGAAAGGGAUGAUAGCAGUGGCUACUAACCAUUCACUUCCCCAAAGCAGUAUUUCUAGCUUUAAUUGAUACUGGGGUUUGGGGGUCAGGAAGUGGGGAGGAUGACAAAUAUAGACAAAAUGCAUAAAUGUGUGUGAUGUGCUUCCAAAAUUGUAAAGAUCGACAGCCUAUCCGAAACAUGAAAUGGGGGUCAAUAGAGACAAUCGAAUCAGGCUGUUAUUGGGUGGUGGUUGUUUUUAUUUUGAUUAUGUAUUUUGUGGUUUUAUAUUCUGAUUGUAUUCUGUGAACCACCCUGAAAGCUGUGGGUAUAUAAAUUCAAUAAAAUCAAUCAAUAUUUUUUCUUUGCUGGCUCUUAUACCUGCCAAAUAUGUUGUGAAGCGGGUUUGUGUGCAUGGAGGGGGGAUUACAUGCGUGCCUAUAUGCCUUCCUGAUCCCUUCCUCUAAAACAGCGGUCACCAGCAUGGUGCCUGCAGGCACACAUAUGAUCUCAGAGGCUUUCUGUGGCUCUUCAAUGCCUCCUUCCACUGCUGAAGUUAGCUUGAAAGAAACACUUUUCCGUAGCCUACAGAACAGGUUGUUCUGUGUUCUUGGUUGUGGCGAGUGUGUGGUAUACCUACAACAGUUUCUCUGCUUUGCAAGUGGGCUCAUGGGACCCCUGCUGUAAAACAUGACCCCAAAAUGAUACCAUUAUAUUACGGGAUCCUUACUUGUGCAAAACUCUUUUGCAUUUAGAAACUGUAAAGGAGAAAUAGCUUCCAAAAUGGUUGUGAAAGGCAGCAGAUUUUGUUCUGACUUUUAAACAUGGGUUCCCUUUGUCUUGCCUUGCUUCUUGUCAGCUGACUUUUCAUUUCUUUAUGUUGGAGUGGGGGUUACAGGUGUGGAUCUGAGAAAUUAUGUCUAUAUUAUCCAAGAUAUACAAAUGACGGAACUCUUUGUCUACUUCUUAGCUAGCGUUACCUCAAAUAUCAGAAUGUACCAACCAACGUGUCUUGGCGAAUGUCUGAAAUGAGAUGUGUUUUUGACAUUCAUAUGCAAAUUCCAUCAAUCUCAGACAACAUUUCUGAAUGCCUGAAAACUCAGUGAAUGUUGGCAGUCAGUAGCCUUCCUUUGACUGUCACCAUUGCCUUGCAAAUGUCCCAAAUCACAGACACUCCUUAAAAUGUAUAUAGUGUUUGCUGAAAAAUAAAACAUUGGCGUGGGUAGCCUGAAAAUGACAGGGUCAAGGGAUCAGGAAGUGUUUAUGAGCAACCUUUGUAAAGUACUUUGUUUGUCCUGAACUCCUUGGCUAGAUACUUGAUGUUCAUUUUGAGGGUCAAAGUAUCUGAUGAGUUGGUGUUUUUCUCGCUGUCCCUUGAUAAGCUCUGCUUUCCUAAUGUGGUAUUUUAGCACCGUCUGCAGAGACUCAUGACUUAGGCUGCAAUCAUAACCCCACUUACCUGGAAAUAGGCCCCAUGGAAUCCAGUAGGCCCUACCGGGGUGAACUUUGGUAAUCUUUCAUAAUGGCGGCCCUGUGCUAGGCCAAAAAUUGAUGCCCCCAAAUGGAUCUUCUCAAUUAUGGAUCUUCACAAUUUUGUGUCCUCUGGGCUUGGUGCCCUGUGCAGGAGAGCUGUCCACACUCCCUAAAUCUGGUGCCGGGACAAACUUCUGGAUAGACCUAGUUAGGAUUGCUGCCAAACUUACUUUUUCAACCCAGCUAAGAAACUGUUACGCAUUUUGCAGCAUUUCUCAGUUUUAUCUUGUUUUGUGUAUAUACCUUCAUAAAAACAAAGUUUUUACAGGUGUUGUAUCUAAAUUUAAUAGUACAUAGGAAUUAGUAAAGUAAAUACUAAUUCUCUCCUGAAUAGCUCAGUGGUUUAGUGAGCAUAGGAAAAAGUUGUCUUGGGUGGCGAUCAACUAUGUUUUACUCAGAGUAAGCCCACUGACAUUAAUGGACAUGAUUAAGUUAGGUCCAUUGAUUUUAAUAGGUUUACUCUGAGUAAAAUUUAGCUGUGCUUGUGUAAAAUGUAGGGCUCAUUUAGAUUUUGUUUUGUGCUGUGCUUCUCAGUGUUUUUGAGUGGGUUUGGGGGGUUUUUUGGUCUUGGUUCUUUCCCCCAGGAAAGCUCGCAUAUUACCACUGAAUUGGAGCAAACUCCAAUCUGCAGAAACCUAAUUGCCAUUUGCUCCAAUUCAGUGGUAAUACCUGGGUUUUCCCAGGGAAAGUACUGGGACAAAACCCCCCACAAACACUCAGACAUGGACAUUUGAAGCUCAGACUUCAGCACAAAAGGCAGUCUGGAUGAGCCAGUUGAGCAAGAGUACAGGAGUAGAUAUGGUUAAAUGUCAGUUUGUGGCUGAAACACUAAUAGUUGAUUGGUUUCACUUAGUCAUCCAUAUGUACCAAGUGGUUUGUUGGCAGAGGCCUGGAAUCAGAGAUCCUCUUACUUAACUGCAGUGGGCUGCAAAGUAAUUGCAAUGAACAAAAAUCUGUGCAGAUGAACAAACGGUUGGAGCUGUUAGCACCGAUCGCUUGUUGCAGAGAAAGGGAUUGUCUGGAAUGAGUUUUCCCCAACAAUUCAGCUGCACUUUUAGAACUCAGUGUGCUGGCCAUCUUUUCAAUAUUGUGUUCAUGCAGCAAAAGUCCAGUGCUCACAGGUCUGGGUGCAGUAGGUACUCUAUUUUUCACCCAUCCCUCGGGAUCCAGACCUCAGGACCCCUGUUCAUGUGAGAGCACAUUCAGGACCCCAGUUAACAUGCAGGUGUUUGUAUCUCUCUUGCUUGAAAAUACUGGUUCUGUUUUGUAUUAUGCUAGCAUGUUAACAAAUUUAAAAAACACACCUCAGCAAAUUCCAAAAGUUCAAUGGGGGGGGGGGCAGUUACAUUUAUUCACUCUGAAGGGAUACCUUCACUUUGCUGUCCUUGUCUCUGUAUAAUCAUAGUGAAAUGGUGUUGAAUUUUGUCUGGUUUCCAUUUCUCGACUGAUAGGGAAAGAAAGGUGCCCUGAAAGUUGUGAAGAGCCCAGAACAGUGGUUUGAAAUCUAUUUCUGGAUGAUGUGGUAUAUGCUGUCUGUGGUGUUGAGGGUGGAUGGAUGAGACAGUCCAAAACCAGUUACACAAAGGUUGUUCUGUGCCACCUACUACAGUGGUAUCUUGGUUCUCAAAUUUAGUCUGUUCCAGAAGUGUGUUCCAAAUCCAAGGCAUUAUUUCCCAGCAAAAGUAAUGCAAAACAGAUUAAUCCGUUCCAGACUUUAAAAACAACAACCCCUAAAACAGCAAUUUAACAUGAAUUUUACUAACUAACGAGACCAUUGAUGCAUAAAAUGAAAGCAAUCAUCAAUGUACUAUACUAUAAAGUAAAUAAGACAGUAUUGUAGGUGAUAAAAAUUUAAAUUAUUAUUUUUUCUUACCUGCACUGAUGACAGCCAUUGUUUGGAUGGGGGGCUUUUAUCCAUUUUCGCAGUCACACAAUCAAUCAAUCAAUCAGUAGCUGAACUGGGUUCCACACAGUAACAAAAACAAAUUAACCGAAAAAGCCUCAAAAACAAAAACACAAAUUAAAUAGCAAAAACAAAAGCGCCAAACGUAAUCCGUUCCGGAAGUCCGUUUGACUUCUGAAAUGUUUGAAAACCAAGGCACAGCUUCUGAUUAGUGCAGGUGCCCUGGAAACGAUAGCCGACAGCCACAUCGGAUGUUCAGCUUCCCAAAAACAUUCGAAAACCAGAACACUUACUUCUGGGUUUUUGGCAUUUGAGAACCAAGGCGUUUGAGAACCAAGUUACCACUGUAUCUAUAUAAUGCAGUUGUUCCAAAAUAAAAAAUUAAAAAUUGGGGAUGUGCAAUAAAUUUCAAUCACAGAACAUGAAUUGGUUGCAGCAUUCCAAAGCGUGAUUCACUUUAUAAACUGGCACAAGCAGCAAAAAGGACUGCAUUUAUGAAGCUUACUUGUUAUCGCUUGCAGUUUCUCUAAGGAGAUUGGAGACAAAAUACAUAGAUCUUCUUCCAUUUUAUCACAACAGUCCUGUGAGGUAGUUUAGGUAAAGGGGUGUUCACCGGUCCAAAGUUAGCCAGUGAGUUUCACAGCUGCAUAGGAUUUGAACCAGUGUCUCUCCCGUACUAAUCCGACCCAGCAACCACAACACUACACUUGACUAUCUUUCAGUCUAAUCCACCUCAGAAGGUUGUUGUGAGAUUAAAAGAGACAAGAACGGUUAAAUCGGUCACACAGUGAAAGUUCUAUGGAAAUUCUUAUAAUACUAAUACUGUUGAUACCUUGCUUGUUAAAUUUGUCAUUUCUCUGCCAUAUACUCUAGUUUCUGGACAAUCCAUCAAUUAAUUAAAGCACUUUCACAUCACUCCUAAAAGUUCAUUGCAUUUUACCACACCACCCAGAGCCAUUUAACUAAUUCAUAACAAAUACUGAAGUGUGAUACAAAUAGAUAGAUUGUUUCCUAUAUCGAGCACUGAUAGUUUAUUUCCAUUUCCUCAUUCAAGUUUCUGACUGCAGUCAAAGGAACUUUCAGUGUGAAAGAGAAUACCUCAGUGUUUUUACACCUAUGUAGAUGUAUGCAAAAAUUAAUAAAAAUCUACUUCCUCAUGUACGUCUUGUAGGAGACACAACCAGAUUUAAGCACUUGAGGCAAUAUGUCUAUAACUAUGAAGCGGACACAGCAAGCGGUGUAACAGGAACGGCAGAUUCACACACUGGCUCCAAAAUUCAGUGUAAGGUAAGAAGGAAGAAGGAACAAUGCCAGUUAGAAAUAAUUAAGAAAGACACAUGAACAAUGACAAGGGUCUCUGUGGCAAAGUACAUACAAAUAGUACUGUGGUUAGUGGAAAUUUAAUAUUUGGAGGUGAAGACAGUUGCUCCCCAAAAUCUGCUUGGGAAGAUGGCUGGCUGCAGUUAUUGACUCUAGGCCUCGACUGCGUUUUUUAGAUAAAAACAAGCAGGUUAUGUUCUUUGGUAACAAGCUUUACUUAUUGGUAGAAGCCUGAGAAUACUUCUGAAUCUCUAUUACAUCAGUCUCUAUUAUUUAUUUUCUUGACCCCAGGCCCUUGAAUAUAUAGCCCCCAACACCAGCCUCUCUCAUUUCCACCAUCUGGGAAUAACAAGGUUGCCCAUUUGAUUUGGAUUCUAAACCAUUCCUGCUUAUUUGCUAGUUUAUUUGCCCCAAGCCACCUGCAUCAUUUCUGCUGACACUGCAUAGCCAUUCACCCAAAACUAAGAGAACAUUAUCACUGGUUAAUAAGAAUCCUCAACCUGCAGUUCAUUUACUUGGUUGCAGAAAAUAUUGUGUCGGAUUAUAUCACACUCUUUCUGUUUCAGGUUGAGCUGGAAGUCCCACAACUAUGCAAUUUCAUCCUCAGGACAAGCCACUGCUCCCUCCGGGAGGUGUCUGGAAUUGACCCUGAGGGAAGGCCUAUACUGAAGAAGUCAAGGAACUUGGAUAAGUUUGCUGCUGACAUGUCCCAGUAAGAAAAACUGCCUUAAAUGAUAUUUAAUGAGCCCUAAGAACACAUUAAAUGAUAUUUAAUGAGCCCUAAGAACACAUUAAAUGACAUUUAAUGAGCCCUAAGAUGCGGGUGGCGCUGUGGGUUAAACCACAGAGCCUAGGACUUGCCAAUCAGAAGGCUGGCGGUUCGAAUCCCCGUGACAGGGUGAACUCCCAUUGCUCGGUCCCAGCUCCUACCAACCUAGCAGUUCGAAAGCACGUAAAGUGCAAGUAGAUAUAUAGGUACCGCUCUGGCGGGAAGGUAAACGGUGUUUCCGUGCACUGCUCUGGUUCGCCAGAAGCGGCUUAGUCAUGCUGGCCACAUGACCCGGAAGCUGUAUGCUGCCUCCUUCGGCCAGUAAAGCAAGAUGAGCGCCGCAACCCCAGAGUCGGCCACGACUGGACCUAAUGGUCAGGGGUCCCUUUACCUUUAAGAACACAUAAGUAGGGUCCUGGUGAUAAUGGCCAAAGGCCUAUCUUCUCCAACUUCCUGUUGGUGGCCAACAAGAUGCUUGGAGGAAGUCCACAAGCUAGACAUGAGCAUGUCAGCCCUCUAUCUACUUGUUAGCCUAACAAAUAUUAUUCACAGGCCAUAGUUCUUGUAAUUUCUGCCAUCUGUCGAGAAUGAUAGCAGCUACACAGAGCAGUGGUGUCUCCAAGAUGCAACUAGAGAGUGAAUUGGUAAUUUUAAAACACAAGAUACUGGAGCAAAUCUAAAUGCUCACCUCUUAGUUAUCUCUUUAGGAUUUUUGAAAUCAUAUUUUUGGACACAAUCACAGAGCUGUCAGGAGGGGAGAGGAAAUGGAAUGGAGUAGAAUAGAGUGUCCCAAAGUGCCACCACAAUUGAAAAGAAUAUUGACAAGCUGGAACAUCUGCAUUUCUUCCCCUAAAGGUUGUUUUUAUUUGUUUUGCACAGGUAUGCGCUGAAAUUCAGUGUUCAAGAUGGGAAGAAUUUCCAGCUGUACCCUGAGGACAAUGAACCUAUGCACAUACUCAACAUCAAGAGAGGAAUAAUCUCGGCUCUCAUGGCGCCCAUGGAGACAGACGCCAAUUCCCAAACACUCUCUAUGGUAAAUUUCAUAGUCAUGCAUCACUUUAUUUUCCUUUCAUCUAUGUAGUGAAACCUAGCUGAAUGGCCAAGACGAAAGGACCUUCUCCCAAUGGAAAAGCCAACCUUGGAUCAUCAGGGAAGUCUCUCAGUUAGGCUUCAAAUGAUGUUGGAGACGCACACAAUAUGUAUAUUUCCCUCCCCUUAGGAUACUGUAUAUGGGAAAUGCGACAGCGACAUUGAAAUAAGAAGCAGGAAAGGCAGCAACGCGGCAGACAUUGCAGUCAGAAGAAACCUGAAAUCCUGUGAAAACUUCAGCCCCAUCAGAAAUUAUGUCAGCCCACUUGCCCUCGUUAAAGGCUUGGUAAGGAGCAUGAAAUGAGAAUUAGACUAUCCUGUAUUUCUGAUACUGCCAGCAUCCGGAUAUUAUUACCAUCACAGGCAAAGCUUGACUUCCAGCUUAUCAAUAUACUGGAAACCAGUCUUUCCCAAUUUUAUUAUAUGACCAAGAUUCACAAUGCGAAAGCAUGUUUGUAAGUUACCAAUAACUCUCCCUCAGGCUGGAUAUUAAAUUAAAAAGAAAAGAAGGAAAGUAUUUUUAUGAUGUUAAAUCCUCUCUGUAGGUUGCUUCAUUCUUAGGUAGGAGAAAUGGCCCUCACCGAAAUAAUGAGGUGAGCCUAAGCCUUAUGCAGAAAAACACAGGUUAAACUGAGGCAUGAUGGGUUGGGGGCAAGGAGGAGAAGAAAUAGAGGCCCUCCAUUUGGAAAAAGAAAAUCCAACCAUUAGAUGAUUGUGCCUCUGGAAUUAGAUUGUGUAUGUGUUAUUGACACCUGGACAUUUGUAAAGUGUUAACUUAUUGCAUUGUACAUUUAACUGCUUGGCUAGCAUGAUCCUGCCAUGCAAUGAGGAGCAUUUUUACCUGAUCAGAGACGCACCUGAUCAGAAAUACAGGGAAGCAGACAAGUGGCCAGUCCCCCUUGCCACACUUAGCAGGCCAAUAUAGGUGACAGUACAGCUGGGGGAGGGGAAUGGCUACAGGGCAAUUUGUUUUGUUAGGGCAAACAGUAAGUUAACUCUGCCACCCUUGUGUUUUGCAGAAUACGCCAAUGUCCACCCUGAUAAGCAGCAAACAGCACUGUGAGUACACCAUUGAUGCAGCGAAGAAGCACGUAGCUGAGGCAACCUGCACGGAAGAGCACUUAUUCCUCCCUUCAUCGUACAAGUAGGUUCCAUGUCGUGUCUCUCUUGACCCCUUCCCGAUUAGGGUUAUAGGCUGUGGUUGAAACAUACGUGUUGUAUACAACUUUGCAUUUUAAAAUAUUUCUUUUCCCCCUUAUUGCCCACUAGACAACAGUAUGGCAUGAUGUCCAAAGUCAAACAGUUUCUGAAACUUGAAAACACUGUGCAAACCAACAACAGAGACAUAGAUGGUAAGGCUUAAGAAAUCUCUCUCGGAUUGAUCUGUUUCCUAUGGGGCUUAUGUAAUGCAAGGAAUUUUAAGUGUUCAAACUCACAGAUGUAGAGAAAGGCUAAGCACUGGCUACAUGCAAUUUCCCAAUAUAUAAAGAAAAAAGGAGAAACCUAUGCUAUGUUUGUGGUGUGUACAGCUGGGUGUGACGAAGGCAUGUUCCUGGAUCCGUCUGUGUUUAAAAUCCCAACCUAUCAGGCAAAGGGGUUUCACAUAACAGUGAUAAUAUGAAUGAACUGAGACCGUACCCAUCAGAUGAGCACCACACAAUGCAGGGCUUCUGAAAAGACAUCCAGGGAACUUCAUGCCAACUCAAAGUUUCCAUUUUUUGUAAGGUUGUUUUGAAGGGCUCGGAAGGCCAGAAAUUACUUGACAUUUUGUCACAAUGAGGCUAUUUUUUACUGGGGAGCAUGAAGGUUUUGCUGUUUCACAACCUGAUAAUUUGAACUCUUUGAAAAUGGUAGUUAUAUAAAAAAAUAACCCCCAUGACCAAUACGAGCUGAUUUCAUCACAGAAACACUGAGAAUGUAUGGAUGAGUUGUUUAUUCAAAAAUGAUCAUAGAAUCAUAGAACUGUAGAGUUGGAAACGGAUCACGAGGGUCAUCUAGUCCAACCCCCAGCAAUGCAGGAAUCUUUUGCCCAACAUGGGGCUUGAACCCGCAGCCCUCAGAUUAACAGUCUCAUGCUCUCUUGACAGAGCUAUCCCAGGGGUGUAUGUAAGAUCAAGAUGAAAGGUUGUAUCCAAUGGUGACUUUUCUCCAGUAGAAAGCAAUGUCACUGGCACAAGACAAAGCAUAUAAUUUUUGCCAGUGGUCUCUACCUACGCCCACCCUCCAUGCCAUUGCCUGUAGUGAUUGAGAGGGUCUCUCAACUCUGAAAAGCAGAGCCGAUGUAUGGAUGAGUUGUUUAUUCAAAAAUGAUCAUAGAAUCAUAGAACUGUAGAGUUGGAAACGGAUAGGUUGGUCAACAAAAACAGAUUAUCCCAUGCCAGUGUUUUCCAUUGGCACUAAGUCACUGUGGAAUACAGCCUAGGGCAGCAUGUUCAUAUUUUGGAAGGCAUUAUUUUUUGGGGGGUGUAGAGGGUGUCCCAGAAAUGCAAACAUACAGCAUCCUUCUGAUAACAUGCAUUUCUUGGGAUAUGAUUUACAAUGAAUUGAAAAAAACUGUUCAAAUAUACUUUCCCAAAAAAACCAGAAGCCUUUUUGCUGGGGUUGAUAGGAGAUGAAAUAAGAAAAGCAGAUCAGAGAUUAUUCAUGUACGCUACGACUGCUGCCAGAAUCUUAGUAGCCCCAAAAUGGAAAACUCAGGAAAUACCAACAUUAAUGGAGUGGCAGACAAAAAAUGGUUGAAUAUAUGGAAUUAGCAAAACUGACCCACAGAAUCCGUAACCAAGAGGAAGCACAGUUCAGAAGUGAAGGGAGUAAAUUUGUGGAGUAUAUACGUAAUAAUUGCAGAAGUUUAAAGACUGUAGUAGGAUUAAAAUAAAUCUUAUGACAUGGACAGGAGGAUGCGAAGAAUCUGUGAAAAAAGGAAAGAUUAAUAUGAAAACCUCUGAAGGGAGGGAGGGAAGUCUGGGCUAGAUAGUGAGUUGAAAAAUAAGUGUACAUAAGAUUGUAGAACAUUAGUGUAUUUAUUUUGUUUUGUUUGUGUUAAAGAAAACUCAAUAUUUUUUUUAAAAAAAAUAUAUAACAUGCAUUUCUUUAUAGUCAGUGGUCUGGUAAAGAGAGGCUUGUCCUCAGAGAGUGUGGAGGCCAAAUCCCACAGGCAUGGCGAUGCUGUUCUGAGAGUCCUUCAAGAACUGCAGAAACUGUCCAUCUCCCAGCAGAACCAGAAAAGAGCCAGCCUCUUCUACAGAUUUGUGACCGGACUGAGAGGCUUGCACAAUGCUACUCUGGGUCCUCUGGUGCCAAAGAUGAUGGAAACUUCCAGGUAUUUUAUCAUCAGGAUCUGAGUAAAUAUGGAAGAAGUCACAGUGAAAGCAGCUCACUGGUUGUUUGGUCAAAAGCUUUGUUGCAAUAGUCCACUGUUCAGGUGUUGCAAUGGGAAGACAGAAGUCGAGAGUAUGCACCAUGGAAAAGUGUGGGAGAAAGAAUAUUGGCCAACAUGGUUUUGCAGAGGUCCCAAGGACAACAAUUAAACAUUUACCUUCCACCCGAUAGUCUAAUUUACUCAUUGUCCUAUUCGUUGGCAAAAUCUAUUCGUUAGCAGCUAUACACCCAUGAUCCAGAACGAAACCUUUCUUCUCGGUAUCAAAAUUCAAGAGGCCACUGAGUUCAUGACAGAGGUGAAAAUAAAAUUAGGGACUUCCUGAUUUGGGUCAGAUACCACUUAUAAAAAAUCUUUAAUAUAUUCUCCUUAAUCAAACAGCAAGCCGAAAAAAUUAUCAUUCUAUUCCGUAACUUCUCCCAAGCCGAGAAUUAAAUAUUAUGUCCAAUAUCUGAUGACCAGUGUAUAAUCACAGCCUUAGAAUGGGAAACUAAAGAUGAGCUAGCUAACAAGAUUUUAUAUAAUUUCGAUAUUAAUUUUUUGUUAUUCCCCAAUAUGGUUUCCCCCCUCCAAAUUCUGACCACCACCCCUUGAUACAUCCUCUCUCUUUGUCCUUCAUGAAAAUCUCAUUCACUUGAAAACACUGAAACUGAUCUGUAACUAUUCUUCCCCUUUUAAAAGUCUUAUAAUUAAAUUAAAAGUCUUCAAAUUCAAGGAGAUCUUUGGGUGUUCCCCAAUUCCCCCCCCCCAUGUUUAAUUUUUUAACUGCCUCCAUCGGGCAUAGCCAACAUGGCGGUCUUCCUUUCUCAAAGUUCUUUAUAUCUUGCCCAAACAUUAUAGAGGCUCUUCCUGAUCACAUGAUUAAAGACUCCCUUGUGCACUUUAGUCUUAUCGUAGUACAGGUAGCUAUGCCAUCCUAAUGCUCCGUUGUAUCCUUCUAAGUCCCAAACUCCUGCAUCUUUCAAUUCUACCUACUCCUUCAUCCAUCCCAAACACGCUGCCUCCACCAAACCCCAUUUCCAUUAGGCUGGGGAGGGUUGGUUGGAGGCAAAAUGUCACACAACACUGGCGCAGCAUUCCCCAUUCUACCCACCAAAUGUAUUGGCGGGCAUCUGCUGUGCUUUGAUAAUUUAGUGUGUGUACACACAUGGUCAUUGUUUUUCAUUUAUCGGCACAUUUCCAUAGAGUGGUGGGUACAUAUAAAAGUUAACACGAGCAGAAGUACCAGAAACAAUAAAUGGCUGUGAAUGGAUGACGUAACGAUGGUGCCAUGAUGGUGUCAAAUCCUUUAUGUCGAGUUUGAAAUUUGUUGGUUUGUUUCCCUUCAGUUCGAUCACAAUACAGGCUCUGACUCAGUGCGGUACCCCAGAGUGCUUUGGUGCGAUCCUCCAAGUCCUGCGGACAGGCAACGUCGAUUCACUUGUACUGGAUGCCGUCACAUACAGCCUGGCACUGCUGCCUUCACCCUGCACGAAAAGGAUACGGGAGAUCCUCAACACGGCCCAGUAUCGCCCAAGCCGAGCUUCUUUUUAUGCCUUGAGUCACGCCGUCAACAGGUAUGUGGCACCUGGGUGCGUUUAUGACCUGAAAUUGAUUUUUUAAGGAAUGUAAUGUGGUUGCAGCAUUGUCUAAAAGACCUUUAGCCAACUAGCUGGUUGGUAAAGCUAAAGGUACCCCUGACCGUUAGGUCCAGUCGCGGACAACUCUGGGGUUGCGCGCUCAUCUCGCUCUAUAGGCCGAAGGAGCUGGCAUUUGUCUGCAGACAGCUUCCAGGUCAUGUGGCCAGCAUGACUAAACCGCUUCUGGCGAACCGGAGCAGCGCACAGAAAUGCUGCUUACCUUUCCGCUGAAGGGAUACCUAUUUAUUUACUUGCACUUUGACGUGCUUUCAAACUGCUAGGUGGGCAGGAGCAGGGACCGAACAAUGGGAGCUCACCCCAUCAUGGGGAUUUGAACCGUGACCUUCUGAUCAGAAAGCCCUAGGCUCUGUGGUUUAACCCACAGCACCACCCGCGUCCCUACUAGCUGGUUGACAGCAGUGCUAUUGUCAGGGACCGUGCUGAGGAGGGCUGCACUGAGGAGGAAUGGGGGGAGCCCCCCCCUGCUCCAGAUCCGGAUCCUGAGUCUUCCCAGGAGCAGGAGGACGGUAUAGAUUUGGAUCAGUGGUUUGCAGAGGGGCAUAGUUCAGAAGGCAGAAGCUGGGAAAUACUGGAUGGGGAACAGCUAGGAGAAGAAGCACUGGGAGAGAGAGAGUUAACAGAUUCACUGUCUCUGGAAAGCAUUCAUCCGCUUUCUCCAAAAUCAAGAAGAGCUGAGAAAGUGGCAGAACAGAAAGCACAGAGGGUACAAACUCAGGUUACAAGAUGUAGGAGUGACGUGGGUGACUAGGGACGUAAGGGGGUGUGAUCCUUAAUUGGGAGCACCACCAUUCCUAGGAAAUGGGUUCUUUGUUCUCUCGCUGUGAUCAUUAAAGUUUCUAACUGGUAAGAAGACUCCUUUUCCUUUGUUCUGCUUAUCUACUGCCAAGGCAGGGGGUGGGGAGUUGGGGUGGGGGAGGAAGCCAAUUCCCUGAAGCAUGGCAGCUAUGGUUGCGGUGAGGAAAUUCCAUGGCAGAGCUACCACCCUUUCUAAGCCCUACCAGCUUGGUGCAAUGGCUUUUCCUUGCUCUUUUUUUUGGGGGGGGGAUUUAUCCCUCUCCCCUUGCAGUCAAUGGAAUGGAAUACACCAGCUCCAUAAUCACUCACUGUGUAUAAAUAAAGAAUAUGUGCUUUUCCCAUGAAAGCUAUUGUUCAUAUGCAAGUUUCAGUGUAUAGGUUGAAUUGAAUAAUUUUACUGAAUUACUGAUAGGCUGUCAGCCAUAUAAAUACAGUUUGUAUUUAAUAGCACAUAUUUAACCAGAUACGGCAGAAGAAAAAUAAUAAUUGUGAUCUACAAAAUCGGGGAGAAAUCUGAGGCUUAGCAGCUUUAAAAAUAUUUGAUACAAUUUCCCUUUCUUCCAGAUUCUAUGACAGCAACAGCAUAGUGACAGAAGAAAUAAAUGAUGUUGCUAAUUUUAUGGUGUCACAGAUCAGCAAUGAAUGCUCUGGAGAUGAGGAACUCACCUACCUGACCCUGAGGGUAUUUUUAUUUUUUUUUGUAUUUUAGUUUAAAAAUGCAUCAUUUGCCCUUGUUUGCAUGCUAAUAUUCCCUGGCUGGGAGAGGGAAGCCCCUAUAUUCACCUUUUUUUUAAUGUGAUCCACAGGCCAUUGGCAAUAUGGGGAAAGUGAUAGAAGAAGCCAAUCCCAAUGUGAAACAGUCUCUGAAAAUGUGUAUUAGAAGUAAUGUAGCAUCACCUGCAGUCCAGAAAGCAGCCAUUCAGGCACUGAGAAAAAUGAGCAUCACUGCUGAGGUAAACAGAAUGUAUUGCAUGUUCCCCAUCCUUCCAUAAAAUUAUGCUUUAAGCAAUCAAACAAACCACAUUUUGUUUCUUAGUAACUGGGCAGACCUUGUGUAAAUUAGCACCAGUGGAAUCUAAUUAUAUAUUAAAUGUAGCGAUGUCAGAGAUGAUGAUGAUGAUGAUGAUGAUGAUGAUGAUUAUUAUUACAGUGGUACCUCUGGUUACGAACAUAAUUUGUUCCGGAGGUCCGUUCUUAACCUGAAACCGUUCUUAACCUGAGGUACCACUUUAGCUAAUGGGGCCUCAUGCUGCCACCGUGCGAUUUCUGUUCUCAUCCAGAGGUAAAGUUCUUAACCUGAGGUACACUCCUAAUUAAAAGUAGGAAGCUCAUUGAAUCACACUGGUGAUCAUAUUGCAGAUAACCUUCACAGCUGUGAUCGACCUCAAACAGUGUCACUCAUUAUUAAAAUAAACGUUGUGUGCGGAAACGAGGAGAACCGAAACUCAAAUGUUUCCUAAACCAGAAGUUAAGCCAUUUCUAGUUGCCAUUUUUUGUUCUUUAACUUUACUUUGUUCAUCUUGUUACAGGACCAAGGGGUUCUAGUCAAGGUCUUCCAGGAGGCUUCUUCACCAGUUGAGAAACGUCUGUCAGCUUAUCUCAUGCUGAUGAGAAACCCUUCCUCAUCUGACAUUUCCAAGGUCAUUAAAAGUCUUCAAAAGGACAAGAAUGAACAAGUGAAAAGCUUUGUAGCCUCCCACAUUGCCAACAUCUUAGACUCGACAGACCCUUACACUGAAUUGUAAGUAAUUGUUUUGGAAUCUGUUGAUGUAGCUUCAAAUUUUUACCUACGAUUAAUGGAAUAAUCGUAUUAAAUCAGGACUCCAUAAGUCAGAUAUUUACAUAGGCUAGUAAGAGCCAGCUUCUUCAUCUUGGGGGACCAGGCUAUCCCUGACUAAGGUGCAGGGCUUUUUUCCAGCCAGAGCUUACUGGAGCUCAGCUCUGGCACCUCUCAGGUAGGCGCCAUUGCCAUGACCCAUGAUAUUAAGAGACUCAUGCUCUACCAACUGAGCUAUAGGUUUAUAAGAGAACAACAGAGGAGUUCAUGGUGAGUUCCGGCACUUCUUUUCCUAGAAAAAUACUACUUCUAAGUGUGUAUGAGAGCUGGAAUGCCCCCCUCUCCAGCCAUGUUGUAAUCAAAGGGAUAAUGGCACAAAUUGCUAACAAUUUUUGUGGUCUGUGGUGCUGCUGAAUUAGAAGUGAAUCAGCUAUAUUGGAAGAAGGAAGACUCUCACUAAAUUUCAAGUAAGGGGACCAGAUUGGGCUAGUGGGCUGCCAUUUUAGCCUUUUUUGAACCAUCACCAGAAUUGCAAUAUAAUUUGGCUCCCAGCACCAAAACCCCAUUUUACAUGUGGCAACAUCUGAGGGUGCUUUAUAUUUUGGGUCCUGUGCAGCUGACAUUUCAAGCUCUUUGUGAGAUUCCUGUUAGUCCCAUUGGUUUUUGCUGAGGUCAGGCACCAGAACUCUAAGCCACUAAGUAUAAUGUUCCCUAAAGAGAUGUGAAUAAAAAAAAUAUUAAAUGGAGUUUUUAUGCCAGAAACCUACCAUAGCUGAAUUCUACCUGAAUAUUGUACAAAAUAUUGUAUUAAUAAUUUUGCCGCUCUAUUUUAAUGUCAUCAGGCUCAGAGGAAAAAUUAAUGAGGCCCUUAAAGGAGCCCAGGUUCCACCAGCCAAGGAUUUCCGGAGAUUUUCACAAAAUUAUCAGGCUUCCAAGACUCUGUCUCUGCCAUGGACCAAUGGUCCAAUUUCAGGAAAACUGGAAGGAGACCUGCUGUUUGAUUCAAGCAGCUAUGUACCUAAGGAAUCCAUGCUAAGAACUACACUGCAGUUGACUGGACUGCAUCCUAUAGAUGUGUUUGAGGUACAACAGUUUUCUUAGCAUUUACUUCAGUCUGCUUGCUAUUAUUGACUUCAGCGUAUUCAUGUAUCUGUACAGUGGUACCUUGGUUUUCUAACGGAAUGCGUUCGACUCCUGGAACCGUUCAGAAACCAAAGUGUGGCUUCUGAUUGACUGCAGGAGCAUCCUGCAGCCAAUUGAAAGCCACAGAAGCCACGCUGGACGUUCAGCUUCUGAAAAUCGUUCAAAAACCAGAACACUCACUUCCAGGUUUCAAUUGUUUGGGAGCCAAUUUGAUCGGGAGCCAAGGCAUUCAGCUCCCAGGGUACGACUAUAUUAUAUUAUGUGCUACUAUUUUCUAUACGAUGCUUUUUCAGCCUUAAAGCAGUGUACAAAGGUUAAAACUUCAAAAUAACAGCAACAUGAUGAAAUUAGAAAUCAUGUGCACACUCACAAGAUCUCAGCUAUCAAAAGGUGCAAGAAAUGACAGGGUGCCAGUCGUCAAUUGGAGCAAGAAUAACAAUGAAAAAAUAUGGCCAAUAUGCAUGAUGGCCUAUAUGUUUACUUGCAGUAUGAAAGGCAGUAUGUCUCUGAAUACAAAUCACUGGGGGAAAACAGUGAAGGAGGACUAUCACCCUCACAACCACCUUUUGAGCUUCUCACAUGCAGCAGAUUGGUCAAGUAGAAGGCUAGAUGCUGAAUUAGAUAGACUUUUGCUCUAACCCUUAAAAGGGAGCUGGUGGCACUGUGGUCUAAACCACUGAGCCUCUUGGGCUUGCCGAUCGGAAAGUCGGCAGUUCGAAUCCCCGCGAUGGGGUGAGCGCCCAUUGCUCUGUCCCAGCUCCUGCCAACCUAGCAGAUCGAAAGCACGCCAGUGCAAGUAGAUAAAUAGGUACUGCUGCGGUGGGAAGGUAAACAGCAUUUCUGUGCGCUCUGGCGUCUGUCACAGUCCUCCAUGCUCCAGUAGCGGUUUAGUCAUGCUGGCCACAUGACUCAGAAAACUGUCUGUGGACAAACGCCGGCUCCCUCGGCCUGACAGUGAGAUGAGCUCUGCACCCCACAGUCGCCUUUGCCUGGACUUAACCGUCCAGGGGUCCUUUACCUUUUUUACCUUUACCUUGAUCUGACCCAGCAAGGCUCCUCUUAUGUCUUGCUAACAUCUUGAUAUCAGAAGACAAGGCUCAUGAGUGCAACAACCUAGCAUAACAGCAGCACAUGAUUAGUGUUACGUCCAAAAACACACAACUGAGGGGAAGUUAAGUGACAACAUUACCUGCAAGCUAGACCCUUGCUUGCUCAUUCAACUCUCUAUUUUAGCUUGCCUGUAGAAUUUCCCCCUUCCAAUUAACUUGGAGUUCUCAAGUGAAAAAAAAUACUCUUCUAUUACUCACUCUGCUUUGUUUUAUUUAUUUUUUUCAUUUCCAUCAGAUCGGCUUGGAUGGGAAAAGCUUUGAGCCAACACUAGAAGCCAUGUUCGGACCGAAUGGGUUUUUCCCUGACAGUGCCACAAAAGCUUUGUAUUGGGUAGAUGGCAAGGUGCCAGAUGAAGUUUCUCAAGCGCUUUUCAAAUAUUUUGGAUACUCCAAGGAUGGAACACAAGAUCAGGUAUACCACAGUUUUCUAGAUGAAAUGGUGCUGUUGGCUUUUUAAAACAAACCCUUCAACCCUGUAGCAAUGUUUGAAUACGUUUUGUGGGGUGCAGUAGUUGAAAACCACAUUUUAUCCUAAGACAGUACAGUGGACCCUCUAGAUACGAAUUUAAUUUGUUCCGGGGGUCCGUGCGCACCCUGAAAAAUCUGUAUCCAGAGGCACCGCUUCUGCGCACGCGCACGGCAAGAUAGAGCGCUUCUGCGCAUGCGCAUGGCGCACAGAGCGCUUCUGCACAUGCACGAGCGGUGAAACCUGGAAAAUUACUUCUGGGUUUGCUGCUUUCACAGCCCAAAGUUUACGUUACUCGAGAGUAACAUAACCCAAGGGUCUACUGUACAUGCAGCUGCUCUCAAAAAUGAAAAUGACAAGAUGCACCAAAAGUAUAUGGAAAACACACACAAAAAAAAAUUAUUAUUUUUAAAAAGGAAAUUUGGUUCCUGCUCAGAGUAAGAAAUGUUGCCAUCACAUCGACAGCCAUUUUGGGCAGAGAUCCCUCUUUAAGAUGAGAUCGUCCAUUCCACACGGGCUUUGCUAGCCAUCAGUACCUCGUGUGAUCCUAGAGGGUUAUGACAGUGGUUGAUGUUUUACUUGUUGCCUUCUUUAAAACAUUUUUCAGGAUCCCAUGAAAGGAAUCAUGCUUAAUUUUGAGAAAAUGAUCAGAGAAAUCACCUCCAAAGAAACACCUGAAGCCAGAGCCUACCUGAGAAUGUUUGGGGAAGAGCUUGGCUACUUGAAACUCAGUGACUUCAAGCUACUUGGAAAUCUAAUUCGGAAAAGCCUCCUCUCGCUUCAGACUGUGCCCGAGAAGGUAUAUUUUCAAAAUGCUGAAAACCACCUUGUGCAUGUUUCUGUCUCCUUCAUUUAAAAGAGAACUUAACUCUUGGCAUCUCCUACUGAGGUCCUGGUGCAAAGUAGGGGGCCUGGCCUGCUAUUUUCAUUGGGACACAGACUACCAUUGAAUGGGAGAAUUCUUCCAAAAGCAUUGCACCCUGAUCUGGAUUAGGACUGCAGUGGGGAGAGCACCAAAGAGUUGAAAUGUAUUCAUCCAAACUGUGCUCCCCGAGACACUUUUUUAAAAACAACAACAACAUUCGUACGAGACCGCUCACCUUUCUUGGUGGGUGCCAUUGUGAACUGGCAUUUCCUGAUUUCCAUAAUCCGACAGGGGGAGCCCCUUGGGCAGUUUCUUGGGAAACAAAGGAGGUCCCUGGGCUGAGCUUGCUGCUGGAGAAGUAGAUCCCACCUGCUCACUCAAUUGGGGGAUCAAUUGUGAGUGGGCAUGGGGACGGGCCAUUCUUAAGGGGUGGGUUCAGGUAUAUAAUGAAGGCCUGUGGCUUGCGCUGCAGCCACUUCUUCAUUAAAUCAGAUGCUUGAAAUAAUUUCCCAUACAUCUUCGAUCCAGCAUUAUUAUUAUUAUUAUUAUUAUUAUUAUUAUUAUACAAAAGCUGUAGCAAAGUGCCACUUGCAUGAAUAUCACAGGACACAGAGACAAUGAUGAUGAUCAUCUUUCCCUCCUAUAAUUUUUAUUAAAUUUUCUGUUUUACAUUUUAGAAUAUUCAUUUAAACAACCUUAAAAUAUCAAUGACUUCCCUUCUUCUCUUUCCAUGGUUCAUUUUGCAUGACAUAAAUCCCUGCAUGUUUUAUAUAAACUAAACCAUUCAGAAUUCAAUUAUUUCAUCCAUCAAAACUUAUUUACACCGUUGAAUUUAUCUUAAUGCUGCCCAUGUUUUCAAAUGUACACAAUUCCCCCCAUAUAUUCAAUAAACAUUUUCCAAUAUUCUUUAAACGUCUGUUCUUUGAAGAACGAAAAAGAUGACCAUCAUCUUUAUCAUCACCGUCCUCCAAAUUACUUUGGGAAAGUAUGUGAUAAUCAUUUAACAAAUUAUUUCAUCUUUUUGCCCAUAGAUCGCCCAAGCCAUCUCAGGGGGGAUUGAUAACGAUCUCUUUGUUCACUACAUCUUCAUGGACAAUGAAUUUGAGUUGCCUACUGGUGCAGGAUUGCCAUUAAAGGUUGCUUUCUCUGGAGUAGCCACUCCCGGAGCCAAGGCUAAAGUGAAAAUUUUACAGAGGACUGUGAGUCUUAGCUUGCUUACAACUUAUUGUAGAAGCUGGCAAGUAACGCAUGUGGUGUUCUGAGGCUGUUAAGCUAAUACGCAGCAGUGCACUACUUUACAAGUGGUGCAAUUUCCUGACUCCCCCCCCCCAUUGACCCCUUAGCUAUGGUUUUGGGAAGGGUGUGAGGGUGUAGUGUAGGGGUCAGAAAACUUUUUCAGCAGGGGGCCAGUCCACUGUCCCUCAGACCUUGUGGGGGGCAGACUAUAUUUUUUUUGGGGGGGGGAAGAAUUCCUAUGCCCCACAAAUAACCCAGAGAUGCAUUUGAAAUAAAAGCACACAUUCUACUCAUGUAAAAACACACGGAUUCCUGGACUGUCCGCGGGCCAGAUUUCAAAGGUGAUUGGGCCAGAUCUGGCCCCCGGGUCUUAGUUUGCCUACCCAUGGUGUAGUAAUUUAGAUAAAACUGGGGGAGGGAGGUCAGGGCUUGCGGAUUUCAUCAGAUAUGCUCAUCUCCCCACUGCCCUGCUAAGAAUUCAAGGCCUGUUACAAAGUUAUAAAACAUUACUUUAGAAUGACAAUGAGGAUGCAGGUGGGCAUUCAGACUUAAAUUUAUGCAAGAGUUGAGCCUCAAGGUAAAUUCUUUUUUUGUGUGUGGUUACCUUAGUUGCAAUUCCACAUACGAGGAUGCACAGCUGCAUGUCAAACUGCAGGACACAGUUUGUGAGACAAGCCACACACACACACCCCGUCUGAGACUCGGGAGUUGCCCAUCAGGGUAGAUGAUACUGGGCUGGAGAAGCCAAUGGUCUGGUUCCAUUUAAGGCUCCCUUGGCUGCAGGGAUGGCCACCAACUUGGAUUGCUUUAAAAGAGGAUUUUAUGGAACAUAUGGCUAUUAAUGGCUACUAAACAUGAUGAUUCUGCUCUGUCUCCACAUUCUUCUGAAUACCAGUUGCAGAAAACCACAGGGUGGGAGAGUGCAACUGGAGUUCUAUUGUGUACAUAGCGCUCAAGUUCCCUCAAAGACUUUAUUGGAAUGGACCACACAGCGUCCUUUUGCAUCUUGCAGAGCUGACCUAGUAGAGCAGUGGUUCUCAACCUUCGGUCCCCAAAUGUUUUUGGCCUACAUCUCCCAUGAUCCCUAGUUCACAGGACCAGUGGUCAGGGAUGAUGGGAGUUGUAGGCCAGAAACAUCUGGGGACCCAAAGUUGAGAAAGGCUGUAGUAGAGAAUGAUACACAGGGGUGUGUGUAUGUGUGUGUCACAUGGGUGCAGCAAAGCGUCUUGGUCUCAUGUUUGCUCUGGUUCUUGAAAUGUCAUCAGAAAGCUGUGUUCCAAACAUGUUGAUGAACAGAUCAUAUCCACACAUCCUUUGGGCGUGUGGUUCCGGGCUCUACCAACACAACUGGCUGAAAAGCCAUCCAUCUGUGGGGAAGCCUAUGUACAGAAGUAGCAUGGCAUGGCAAAAUCAAUUUGAUAGCCAGUCCCCAUCCCCCAGUGCAUUGCUGGUUUGGCAUUGUGCCCGAGGAGCCAAAGUUUAUUUUCUAACCGACCGGUUAGGAGAAUGCACUGCCAAUCUGCCCAUCACCAGGAAUAGAAAGGGAUUGUUCUCCUAUUUACCGUAUCAAAAAGAAAACUUCUGUGAUAGAAAUAAAUAUUUUUUGUAUUUUGUGUCCACCCUCUAGAUACAAGCAGAACUGGUUGCAAAACCAUCCGUGGCAGUUGAAUUUGUGACUCACAUAGGAGUGAACAUCCCUGUGUUUGCUAGAAACGGCGUGCAGAUGAACACCAACAUAUACCAUGAGUCUGGAAUCGAAGCCCACAUCGGACUGAAAGCUGGGCAGCUGAAGGUCAGCAUUCCUGCACCAAAGACUCCAACCAAGCUCCUCAGUAUCAGGUACUGUUGGAGGGAUUUGAGUUCUGUGAGCAUCUCUGCUAUUGCCCUCAAACUGUAAAAUAUGUGCUGCCUUUUCCAUGCUCACGAGAAAGGUAACUGGUGGGUAGGCUUGCUAUGCAAUGCCCAGCAACCAUUGCUACAGUUGUCAAGGCUGCAGCCUUCACAAAACAAGCUCCUGGCUGAAAGCAUUAUCCACUGGUUCAGACAUUGUCUUUCUCUGCAUGGGAGUAUUCCCAAGGCGAAAUGCAUUACGUGAAUCAGUUUAAAUAUUAGGGUAUCUGCCGUGUAAUGAACAUUUCUAGUACUUUUAAAUUUCUCUGGUGCUAAAGCUAAAUAGUUGGGAUAGUUUGCAGUUUAGGGAUGAGAUGAGAAGGUGCUUUGAGAUCCCAUAAUAAGCCUGCAAUCCUAUGCCUACUUAAGGUGGGAGUAAGCCCUCCCGAAAUCCCUUUCCUCUGCACAGACAUACAGGUUUGCACUGUGAAAGUUAUUGGGGCUUUUUUUUCUUGUAAAUAAUAAGAAUAAUUUGCUUAUCAGGUGCAUUGCUACAGAUUUCUGGUUAAAUCCAAAUGAGCAAUAUUCACAGGCUCUUCUUUUCACCCACUGCCUAAUCCUAGACCGUGAAAUAAACAUUCCAUUUUCUUUUGAAGCAACGUCUUGACCUUGGUCACCCCAACCCGAACAGAAGUGAUUCCUCCUCUGAUUGAGAACAGAGAGUCCCGGACAACUUGCGCGUCUUUCUUUGCUGGCCUUAGUUACUGUACCCGAGUAGAAUACUCCAAUGCCAGCUCAACAGAGACAGCACCUUACUACCCACUCACUGGGGAAACCAGGUAAGUUGGUUCUCUGUACAUAUGCAGCACAUAUGCCUUCUCUGCUGCCUCAGCCGGAUCCUGCACCAAGAGUAGUCAGAUUCUGUGACUGUAUAAAGCAUGCAAAUGUUCAUAUAUCUGUUUCUUUCACGUCAUUUAUUCUGCUUCCAGGAGUUGUGGAAAGCUCUGUCUUUUGACCAGCACCUCCCCUGUGGCUGUGCAGGUUUCAGGCAUCACACACACACACACACACACACACACACACACACACACUGAGGUUCCUCUUUACCUUCCCGAGGGCUAGAAAGAAAGAAAAUGGAUAUUCUUAGCAUAUUAAGUUCCUUGUCCAACACUAUAUCUUAUAUUUGCAUGAUGAAUUUUUAGAAUACAGUGUCCUGACUACAGCUAUGUUUAUAGGUGUGUGUGUGCGUGCCAUCUUCUUUAUUUCUGAUUUUUUUUUUCCAGAAGAAAGUAUAAUAUAUAUGUGCAACUAACUAGUCCAGGCUUCCUCAAACUCGGCCCUCCAGAUGUUUUUGGCCUACAACUCCCAUGAUCCCUAGCUAGCAGGACCAGUGGUCAGGGAUGAUGGGAACUGUAGUCUCAAAACAUCUGGAGGGCCAAGUUUGAGGAAGCCUAAACUAGUCUCUAUGCUUAUAUGGCUACUAUUUUGCUGACUCCUAGCAUAUUUUUGUAACAUGGCCAGAGCCAAUGCUAAGGAGUUUGCAUGUGAGGAGGUGAUUCCAUGGUGUUUUUUUGUAUUGUGUCAAAUACAUCUUAAUUUUUUUGGGGGGGAAACAAAACAAAACUCUUAGAGCUGAACUAUUUGGCCCCAAUACCUAAUUAGUGAAGUGCUUUCCUCUAGUGAACUAUGAUUGUUUUUCAUUAUUUACAAUUAUUUACAAUGACAGAUGAUAUUUCCAUUUUGACAUCAUUAGGUAUGAAAUUGAACUGCAGCCAACAGGGGAAGUAAAGGAAUAUAUAGCAAGUGCUAAUUAUGAAGUAAGCAAAGAGGAGGAGGACUUGGUUGACACCUUGAAAUUCAUGGCUCAAGCGGCAGGUAAGAGGCUGUGCAAUUAGUGAUGCAUGUGAAAGUUACAAAGAUUUGCAAAAGCGUCCAAGUCUCUUCACUGUCAAAAUAAAAUAAAAUAAAAUAAAAAAUCUCUGUCCUAGCUCCCAUGCCAAUAAAUCACCUUGAAAGAUCAGGAGGUCAAUCUUCACCUGUUUUGAUGAAAUGAAUAUGUAUAAAACAAGGUGAACUUGAGCUAGACGACUCUUUCUAGGGUGAAUCUCUCCAGGUGAUGGUAGAUUUAACACCUCAGAUAGAACUUUGAUAUAAGCCAUGUUCAGGGCUUUAAAGUUUGUGUCAGCUGUCAGUCAUCAAGGAUAGAGAGACCGAGUGUUGUACAUUCAUGAGUGAUUUAGCCCAGAGAUUGGUUAGAAGGUAAGGGUUGUUUUAUAAUUAAGAACCACAAUCCAGAGAACCACUCAGUUGCUUAGUUGUUUUGGGAGGCCUAAUAUUUUCAGUUAUCACAACUGCUUUACUACUACUACUACUACUAAUAAUAAUAAUAAUAAUAACAACAACAACAAUAAAUUAUUAUUUAUACCCUGCCCAUCUGGCUGGGUUUCCCCAGCCACUCUGGGCAGCUUCCAACUGAAUAUUAAAAACAAUACAGCAUCAGACAUUAAAAACUUCCCUAAACAGGGCCGCCUUCAGUUGUCUUUUAAAAGUAAAAUAGUUGUUUAUUGCCUUGACAUCUGCUGGGAGGGCGUUCCACAGGGCAGGCGCCACUACUGAGAAGGCCCUCUGCCUGGUUCCCUGUAACCUCACUUCUUGCAGCGAGGGAACCACCAGAAGGCCCUCAGUGCUGGACCUCAGUGUGCAGGCUGGAUGAUGGGGGUGGAGAUGCUCCUUCAGGUAUACAGGACCGAGGCCAUUUAGGGCUUUGAAGGUCAGCACCAACACUUUGAAUUGUGCGCAGAAACGUACAUAGCAAUCUAUGUUAAUUCUGUUUGCAAACUAUUUGUUGUCGCUGCUUCUUUCAGGUGCAAAACAAUGUGAAGCCACACUGAUCUUCAGGUACAAUCGAGGCAAAAAGAUUUUUACCAGUGACCUCCAGGUUCCCAGUUUCAGCGUUGAUUUGGGUACCAACUUCAGACUUACUGACUAUUCCACUCAGGAAAGGAGCGCUUACAGCUUUAUCUUAGACAUCAACAACAAGAAAAUUCCCGAAGUUACUCUUACGGGACGCAUAGGGUAAGCCACAAGCUUUUCUCAUUUUUGCAGAUAUUGUAGUGUUAGUAGGAGAUAGUUAGACUUCUGCCCCUCUGGAAUUUCUAAGGGUAGAUUUUUGCUAAACCAGGAGUCUUUUCGUUGUGUGUUUUUCCAGAUACAGCGCUGGGACAGAGUCAGCAGUGGAAGCUUCCAUCUCCAUUCCUCGCCUGAGGACACAAGCAAAAACAGAUGUAUUACUGCAACAGUCACAGAAUGGGCUGACAUUCCAGAUUGACAGUUCAGCUACAAGUCACGGCUCCUCAGUUUCGGAGAGAAUUGUCUUGGGAUACGGUAGGAUCAUGUGUCAAUGUGAAACACCUUUUCUGCCACCAAUAUGUGGUGAAGGAUCAGAAUUCCACUUAUCACACUCCAAACCUUGGGACCCUUCAGUAUCCAUCCACAGAGGGCCAGCCUUAUGCAGCGUGAGACAGCUGCCUCAGGCAGCAGAUGUUGAGGGGAAGGGGAAGUAGCCAGAGGUACAAGUGACAUGUGGCCUGCCCUGUACCCACUACACAAGCCUGCUGCCAUCAGGUGCAAUGAAAGACAUUGUCCUUUUACAAGAAUAAGAUUCAACUACCAGUCCAACUGGCCUCUGUAUGUGCCUUGGGAGAAAGGGCCAUCUUGUCUGUUGCCUCGGGCAGCAAAAUGAUUUGAGCCGGCCCUGAAUCAACAAGGCUACACAAUUGCAUAGCCAUCUAUGUGAAUUCUCUUUGGAAGAGCCCAAACCAUGCAGGCCUGAAUUGCAGAUCCUGUAUGCCAUAAAAUGGCUUUGCUCAGAAGUAGCGCAGUUGCUUUCCAAGCAAAAAGCACCACUUCCUUGCAUAUCCAACUAGGGCUUAGAAACACGUCUAUAUGGGACCCUGGGCAGUUGCCUCCUGCCAAUAUGGACAAUGUUGAAUUAGAUGGACCAAUGACCAGUCUCACUAUAAGGCAGUUUGGGUCUUUAUGGUUUGGGUUCCCUACAAGUCCCUCCACCACAUGUCAGUGGAGGGUUUUGAUGUUGGUUUUUUCCAACUUUGCAAACUGGAUUCCAUGGGAAAUAAUAAGGUGACAUUUGUCAUUCUGCCUUAGAUAAUGAGAAGAUUGAAGUGCAGUGGAAAUCAGGCCAGAGUGCAGCCCUGAAGAAAAUGUCAGCCACGCUACCCGUAGACUUUGCAGAUUAUUCAAAGACUUUGCAGAAGCAUGCCAACGAUCUCUUGGACCACCGAGUAGCCAAUACAGAUAUGACAGUCCGGCAUAUUUUUUCAAACUUUAUAGUAGUAAGUGGAGUUAUUUGUCAUAGAACAUACUUUUCAUGUGGCUCUGAAUCAUGCUGAUAAGAGAUGUAGGUGAUUCCAGUGAGAACUACCUAUGAGUACAUGAUUAAUUGGUUUGGGAGAAGCAAAGACCAGGUAAGAAAAAAGAUCCAGUAAUUUCAAAUGCUCGGAAAGCAUGAAGGCAUCAAGUUCUGUUCCAACCUGCAUUCAAUCAGUGCUGUUUCUGGUCUGCUGCAGUUUGGUUUCCACCAAAUACUACAUUAUAUGUUUCACUGUCUGGUAUUUUUACGUAAGUUAUUUAUGCAACAUAAGUUCAUUUCAGUGUAAAGGAAAUGUCAGAACGAUGUAAAAAGAGGCAUCAAUUAGGAAUCAUUUGAGAACUUAAAAAAACAACAACAAUAUGAACAAGUGCCAGUCAUAUUGGCUUGAUCGAUUUCCAUUCUUGACCACAGAUGGACCAGCAAACUACUGAGAUUUUGUCAGAGUUCUCUAGCAACCAUAGCAAAGACCCAGGGGCAUGUAACUCUAGUAGCGUUGGGAUCUCUGCAGCACAGCUCUUUACUGUGCCUCCAAGUUACAGAAAGUCAGGGAGAACAUGCCACAGCUCUUCCCCAUGCCAAGGGCAUCUCAAUUUUUUGAGGCACUGGUGUGAGGAGAACAACAAUACAAGCCCUUCGCAUGUGCUUCAAGGGUUCUCCCAUGAUGUAAGGCAGUACAGGCAAGCCCCCAUUUACACGUGUUCAAUAUGUGUGCGGCCACGCACACGCACGUCACGCCAAACCUGGAAGCGACGCCCAAAGUCACAAAAACAUCACCAAAAGGGACGGAAUGGGGCGGGGUGGAAUGGGGUGCCUGAAGGCUUUCCCAAUGGUGUUUCAAAUAAGUGCAAUUUCAUUGAUGCGUGCGGUGCCUCAGAACGUAACCCUCGUGUAAAUCGGGGUUUGUGUUUGUGUGUUUGCCUGUAUGUUUGGGGGCGGGGUGUGAUGCUACUAUUGCAGCAGCUCUAACACCACCAAGAUGUGGGGCUAGAACAGGGUGGGCAAACUUUUUCAGCAGGGGGCCGGUCCACUGUCCCUCAGACCUUGUGGGGGGCCGGACUAUAUUUUGAAGGGGGAAAAUGAACAAAUUCCCACAAAUUACCCAGAGAUGUAUUUUAAAUAAAAGGACACAGCAUUCUAUGCAAGAGCACUGGGCAGGCCCCACAAAUAACCCAGAGAGGCAUUUUAAAUAAAAAGACACAUUCCACUCAGAUAAGCCACCCCCCCGACUCUCCCUGCCUUCUCCACAGGACUGGAUGAGCCCCAGUGACUGCUUACCCGUGUCUUGCGAGCAGCAGGGGCUGGCAGUAGCGGGACGAUGAGCGGUGCACGAAAGGGCUCCAGAAAGGGGCUGGCAGCAACAAAGGCCGAAUCGAGCCUGCUUACAAUGGUGGCCGCUGAAGCCCUAACGCUGCUGCUGCUGCUGCUGCUGCUGCUGCUGGCACCAACAAAGCCCAGCCCCCUUCCUCUUGGCUCUAGGCAGGGCGAGGAGAAGCCAGGAGGAGGGAGGGAGGGAGGAUGCGCCGCCGAACACGUGUGCGCUGGUACAGCCCGAACGAUCAGAUCCACGCUGAUCCAUGCAGUGAUUCCCAGACCGUCCACGGGCCAGAUCCAGAAGGCAACUGGGCUGGAUCUGGCCCCCAGGCCUUAGUUUGCUGACCCAUGGGCUAGAAUGUGACUGCUUGCAUUGUGUUUCAGUACUAGGGGUACUAGGCAGGUGGGUUAGGGUGGGUUAGGGUACCUACGGGACUGCCUCUCCUGGUAUACCUCUGGGAGGACCUUAAGGUCCACAAAUGACAACAUUUUGGAGGUCCCAGGUUGCAAGGUGGUUAGAUUGGUCUCAACUAGGGCCUAGGGCCUUUUCAGUACUGGCCCCGACUUGGUGGAACGCUCUGUCACAAGAGACUAGGGCCCUGCGGGACUUGACAUCUUUCCGCAGGGCCUGCAAGACAGAGCUGUUCUGCCUGGCCUUUGGUUUGGACUCAGUCUGACCCUUAUGUUUCCCUCCCCUUAUGGUUUUGAUCUAUGGGCUACUUUUAAAAUGAGGCUGUAUUUUAAAUUGCAUUUUAACCUGUAUUUUAAAUUGGUCCGCCCCCACCCCCUUUAUGUUUUUACUGUAAUUUUACUGGCCGGGGAGGGCGGGGUAUAAAUAAAAUUUAUUAUUAUUAUUAUUAUUAUUGCUUGCUCAUUUCAACUUUUCUGAUCACAAGGCUCUUUGUCGCUUGAUAUUUCACUCUGAUCUUGCAGGCAACCAAUACCUGGUUACAGCAGGCAUCCAAGAACGUUCCUUAUGCGAAAAAUCUACAGGAUAAAUUAAGCGGACUCCAGGAGCUCAAUUUUCAGAACAUGGAACUUUUUGCCAUCCCAGAGGAGCUUUUCUUGAAGAGGUAAAGCGAAAGAUGACAUGUCUUAUUUGGUGCUGACAAGGACCCUUUGUGGCCUUGAAGCCGAGCCUCAUUACUAAGGGCAAAUUGUUCCUCCACAAGGUACACUGGUGUAAGAUGCAGUUUACGACAAAUGCCUGAAUCAGAACCAUGUUUCUAGAAAAAAUAUUGCAACGGUGGUCACCCAUUGUCUUGCGCUUUGAUCGCUCUUGUCAGCUUUCUGCUAAAAUUAGCACAUUUAGUAUAAGGGGAGUAUAGAAGGGGAGUGCAAUCUGGAAUUUGGGAAGGGACAAUAGCUCAGGGCAGAUAACAUGCUUUUUAUUUCAGGUUCAAGCCCUAGCAUCUCCAGUUACAAUGAUCCCAGAUAGCACAUUAUAGGAAAGACUCUCUGCCAGAGAUCCCAGAGAGUAUUGGUUAAAUUAUUUUUUAUUUUAUUUUAUUUUAUAAAAAUUCAGUUUUACACUACAUAUUUGAAUUCAAACAUUAAACAUAAUCAUUAACAUUUAGGAUUCCCCGAAUCCUUUGACUUCCCUCCAUCCUUCCAUGGUUUCCAUUUUCAAUAUUUUUCAACUGCAUCAUAUAUUUUCUCUGUUUUUCUUAAAAUAAUCCAUUUUUACCAAAGUCUAUAGUACAUUACAAGCGUUACUCAAACCGCGCCAAAGUUUUCAGAUUGUUUACAGUGUUCUCUUAGGUAAUUUGUCAGUUUCUCCCAUUCCUUAUUAAAGCUCCUUUCUCCCUGCUUUCUGAUUUUCCCGGUCAUUUUUGCCAUUUCAGCGUAGUCCAUCAUCUUCAUCAGCCAUUCAUCUGUGGUUGGGACUUUAUCUCCUUUACAGUACCAGGCCACUGGUAUCCGUGCUGCUGUCGCUGCAUCCAUGAAUAAUCGUUUCUGCUUCUUUGAUAUCUCUGCACCUAAAAUUCCUAGUAAAAAAAACUUCUGGUUAAAUUUAUGUACCACCUUUCAUCCGAAGAUUUCAGGACAGUUUACAGGAUAAAAAUACAGGGGAUACAGGGGUGGAUGAAGAAAAAAUCCAACCUAGAAUAGGGCAGCUUCCUAGGCAAAGUGCAACCAUUUGUUAUUUUGUGGACUUUGUGGGAUCUUAAUUAUGGGUAACUUUUUAUUGCAGUGAUGGCCAGAUCAAAUACAUUUGGAACAAAGAGAGUACUGUCAUUACCAUUCCGCUGCCGUUUGGUGGCAGGUCAUCCUACGACAUGAGAGUGCCUAAGAUUCUGGAAAUGUCUCAAAUGGCAAUGCAGUCAAUGGGAGGAAAUAUGGCUUCUCAAGAGUACAGGCUUCCUCGUUUCACCAUCCCAGAGUCAUACACGCUUCGGGUGCCUUUGCUGGGCACCUUCGAGAUCUCUUCCAAUAUGUACAGCAAUUACUACAACUGGUCAGGUUCCUACUCCUUGGCGAACACCACAAAGGAUGUCUACAGCCUAAGAACAAACUACUUUGUGAGAGCUGACUCUGUUCUGGAACUACUUUCAUAUAAUGUACAAGGUAAGAAUCUCUUCCGGAGGUGGUGGUGGAGAUUAUGAGCAUAUUACGUAAUUAAUCGUGUGUUGUGUUUUCUUGUCGGUUCAAUACUUUUUACUAGAAAUAUGUCACAGGCUCAUUUCUCUGUGCAUCAAGAGUUAAUAUGAUAAAAUUAAUAACUCAUAUUUGGCCAAGCCUCCUCUUGAGUUUGAUAAAGCUCAAGCUCACAAGGCUCCUUGUGAAUAUAUGAUACCAGGGACUUACUCAAUAUUGUGACAGUUCAUGCAAGGAAUUAUGGCAGCCUGAUCAUAUUCUCCCAUGUGCAUUAAUCUACCUAAUGUGUUAUACUAAACAUGCAACACUAUGAAGAAAAAAUCCUAUGCAAUAGUCACAUAGCAGUUUUGUUUUGCAAUGUUGUCCGCAGUCUUCUUUGUGUUUGCCUUUAGAACAAUGUUGAGAGAAACGGGUCACUGUUAUUCAGCUGGGGAACUGAGGCUGAGAUGUCACACCCAAGACUACUUAAUGGCUGAGUUCUGAUACUAAACCACAGCUUAAUAUUCCAUAGAUGAGUUUCGGUCUCAGGAGCUUCUGUCCAGCUGCAAAAAGAUCAGAAACUUUUGCUUCUGUUUUCAGCUGACUGUGAUUUAUUAUGUACAAACCUAGAACUAUGGUUUAGGGACGCGAGUGGUGCUGUGGGUUAAACCACUGAGCUUAGGGCUUGCCAAUCAGAAGGUCGGCGGUUCGAAUCCCCGCGAAGGGGUGAGCUCCCGUUGCUCGGUCCCUGCUCCUGCCAACCUAGCAGUUCGAAAGCCCCUCAAAGUGCAAGUAGAUAAAUAGGUACCGCUGCGGCGGGAAGGUAAAUGGCGUUUCUGUGCGCUGCUCUGGUUUCAUCAGAAGCGGCUUAGUCAUGCUGGCCACAUGACCCGGAAGCUGUACGCCAGCUCCCUUGGCAAAUAAAUUGAGAUGAGCGCCGCAACCCCAGAGUCGGCCACAACAGGACCUAAUGGUCAGGGGUCCCUUUACCUUUACCUAGAACUAUGGUUUAAGGCAGUAAUCCCAAACUUGGAUCUCCAGCUGUUUGUUUUUUUACUACAAUUCCCAUCAUCCCUGACCACUGGUGUUGCUAGCUAGGGAUGGUGGGAGUUGUAGUUCAAAAAGAGCUGGAGACACAAGUUUGGGAAACACUGGUUUAAGGCCACAAGCUGUGAUAAGAAACCACAGUUUGAACUUGGUUUAUUUUCCUAAACCAAUCAGUUUGCAUACAACAUAAAGUGUAAUUAGGUAAAAUGAAAACAAAAGCUUUCAGUACCCUUAGGCCAUGACACAGGGGGGGAAGGGAGGGUUUGCAAGUCUAAGGCACAUUCCUGUAAAGCUAAAAUCUGUUUUAGCAGUAUGUCCAAAUGCAGCCAGUAAGAAAGGGGAAAGCUGGACCCAGGUAUCCAGAAUUCCAGUCCAGCCCAUUAUCCAUUGUACCACACUUUAAGUCUGUAUGUUGUUGUGGCCUUUCCCCUUCCUUUACAUUAAAAUCUUUUCAUGAAAGUGCAAAAGAGACUCCAUUUGAAUGGCACAAGCAUUUCUAUAUCAUCAGCUUCCAUUAUCUAAAAACCAAACCAAGCCAAAAAAACCCCAAACAAACCUCUGGUGAGAAAGUAAAUUGUACAGUUACUUCCAUCAGUAAAUUCUACAGUUGCUUCCAUUGGUGGUGUCUACAGCCAGAACCUAGUUAAACCUUAAAUGCAAACUGAAUGACAGUCUGGUUGCUAAAUUGACAAACCCCACAUAUAAUCUGUGUCUUAAAGGCUUCAAUGGAAUAAUCCAAAACAUGUCAGUACAGAAGUAAGCUAUACCCAACUGAGCUCAAUAAACCUUACUUUUAAUGUAAGUCUUCAUAGGAUUGCAGGCUAAAAUCCAAAUGUUUGCUUUUAACUAUGGUGGGCUUUAAGUUCCAUUCAAGUCAAUUCAACACACCUUUCCCAGUAAGUUCCAUCAAAGUGGAACUUAACUUCUAGGUAAACAUGCAGUAGUGUAUAUUUCUUGAAUUUGGCUUGCAGGACCUAUGAAUGUAGAAGGGUGUGCAGUAUAUUCCAGCAAGGCACAGUAGCUCAAGUUAUUUAGUUGUUGUUGUUGUUAAAAAAGUUGAUUGUACUUUUCUCUUCUCUCUCCACCCCAGGUCAGGGAGAAGCAAGUUUUGAUGGGAACAACAUGGCUUGUAAUUAUGAAAGUUCACUGCAACACAAGCUGCUUAAUUCAAAUUUUAAAUUUAGCGAAACAGGCAAUUUUGAACCCACUCCUGUGGCCAGGAGGACCCUCACACUGGUAACAUCCAGCCCGCUGGGUACUCGGUUUUCCCUGUCUUAUGCUGAAGAUGUCGAAAUGAGUAACAACUUGCUUCUUCAAAACAUAAACGUGGAAGGACAACUGAAUGUCGCUUCAGCCUUUGCUAAAACCACAGGCACACUGUCAAGCACCUUUGAUGUGAACCAACUCGUUUGGGCAGGAGAAUCCAAUCUAAAGUUUGACUCUUCCUUGCUUCAGGCUACUAACCAGAUGACUGCCAGGUUUACAGGUGGCCCAUGGACAGUCAAGUCCAUCUCGAAUGUACAGAAUGGUUUUCUGACUAACACGGCUUCCUUGAAGUAUGAAAACAGCCAGCUGAAGUUUUCCUCUGAGACCGCUGGAAACCACAGAAGCUUUGCAGUUGCCAACAAGUUUGACUUCUCUGUGGACAGAAAGGGAGCUGCGCUUCGCUCCGAGUACCAGGCCAAUUACGCAGAAAACCAAUGCUAUGCCCUGAUUUCGAGCUCUGUUAACGGCCAAGGUGUCGAGCUGAUUAGCCACAUAUCUGGGAAAGGUGAAAGACUCAAAGCUGAGCACAAGUCUACAUUAGGUGUUAACCUCGAUGGCCUGGCAAGCACUGCAACAACAAACCUGCAGUUUAAUCCAUUGAAACUGGAGAACGAAAUGAAUGCCCGGAUUGGUGUCGCUGGGGCUUCCGUGAAGAUCAACACAGGAGGACACUUUGGGAAACACAAUGCAAAAUUUGAUUUGGAUGGAAGAGUGGCUCCCACAGAAAUCGUGCUUACAAGUGUAUAUCAAGGCAGCAUUUUGGAUGCAGACAGCAAGAACACCUUAACCUUCAGAGUGAACAAGGGGGGACUGAGGUUUGCAAACAGCUUGAUCGGGUCAUACAAAGGAAUGAAGCUGGAAAACACUCAUGACCUGAACAUCGUGGGCUUGUCCUUGACUUACGCUUCCAAUUUAGACCACACCAUCAGUCCGGGCAAGUCCCACAAACACCACUUGGACUUCCAGCUGCAACCCUAUUCUCUCACAGCCAACGUGAACAAUGACUUGAAAUUCGGCAGUGCUGAUCUAAACAACAACGCACGUUUACAACUUGAGCCCCUGAAGGUUAAUCUGGAUGGCAAUGUGAAAGGUGCCUACAGUGGCGAUGAAGUAAAGCAUGCCUAUACCUUUACCUAUGCAGAUCUGGUGGCGCAUGUUAAGACCGACACAGUAGCGAGUAUUCGAGGUGCAGCUCUCACCCACAGAGUUAACUUGGAUGUUGCAGGUCUCUCUUCAUCAGUCGUCAUCAACACAAACUGUGACUCAAAAUCCCUAACCUUUUCCAAUGCAAUACGAUCUGUUGCAGCCCCAUUUACUGUCACUGUUGACAUGCAUACAAAUGGGGAUGGAAGACUCUCAAUCUUGGGAGAGCAGUCAGGACAGCUGUACAGCAAAUUCCUGCUAAAAGUCGAACCCCUUGCUUUCUCACUUUCUCAUGAUUAUCGGGGAUCCACUGGCCACAACUUCAAUUCUGAGAAAAGAUACAAGACAUUACUGGAGAACAAGGUCACUGCUCUUUUUACGCCAUCUGAGCAAAGAAGUACAUGGAAGAUGAAGAGCCAGCUGAACAAUAAUGUGUACACUCAAGAUUUUAGUGCUUUUAAUGAUGCAGAAACUAUUGGGGUGGAGCUGGAUGGAAAAACCUUAGCAGACCUUUCUGUACUGGACUUUCCUAUAACUAUACCAUUCACAAACCGGGGGAGAGUCAAUUUAAUUGAUGUUUUGGAUUUAAGGGAAAAUGUAGCCCAGACUCAAGAGUUUGGUCUUGCUCUUUCCGUGAAGUAUGAUAAGAAUGAGAACAUGCAUGUCAUCAAUCUGCCCUUCUUGGAAAAGCUACCAGCUUACUAUGAGCAAAUGAGGCAGUCCAUCCUAGCUGUACUCAAAUCUAUUCAGAAGAACCUAAAGGGUGUAAAUAUAGAUCAGGUUGUGAGAAAAUAUAGGGCAGCAUUAGAUAAAAUCCCCCAGCAGGUUAAUAACUAUGUGAAGACAUUCGAUCUGGAAAGCAAAGUGAACAACCUGAAAGAGAAACUGGAUGCAUUUGCAAAGGAUUACAGCAUAAGUGUGGAUGACCUUGAACUUGCUUUGGAAAAUGCCAAAACUAAUCUCCAGGCAGCUUUGUCUAAACUCCAGGUUUUCCUGGUUGAAACUGAAAGGUAUAUAAGGAGCAAUUAUGACUUAAAGGCAGCUGUUGUGCAACUUAUUGAGCAGAUUAUUGAAAAAAUGAAAGUUAUAGACAGGCAAUAUGAAAUCAGUAAAAAAAUGAUUGACACUAUUCAUCAACUGCAAUCUGCCAUCUCUCAGUAUGACUUUAACCAGAUAGGAAGCAGUGCUGCUGCUUGGGUUCAAAAUAUGGAUGCUGAGUACAAAAUCAAAGCUCGAGUGCAAGAAAAACUAGAUCAACUGAAGAAACAGAUACAGAAUAUAGAUGCCCAAAGCAUUGCAGAGAGUUUGAAGCAGCAAGUGGAGGCAAUUGAUAUUAGAACACUUAUAGAGAAGCUGAACGUGUCCUUUCCCAUUCAAAAACUUAAUCAAAUUCUGGAGCAAAUUAAAGAUCUUCUUCUAAAUUAUAUGGAGGACUACAAAGUGACUGAGAAGAUCAAUAUACUUCGGAACAAAAUGCAUGAACUUAUUGUGAACUAUGGAGUUGAUCAGCAGGUCAAAGUUCUAAUGGACAAAAUAGUUGAGUUGUAUAACCAACAGAAAAUUGGAGAGACAAUCCAGAAAUUAACCCUCUCUCUGAAAAAAAUUGACAUAAAAUCAUUCUUCAACCAAGUACUGAAAUUCAUUGAUGAUGCUGUUAGGCAGCUCCAAUCAUUUGAUUACACAAAUCUGGUGGAUGAAGUCAACAACUUUCUUGAUUUUGUUAUCAAGAAGCUGAAGUCAUUUGAUUACAACAAAUUUGUAGAUGAAACAAACAAUAAAAUCCGGGAAACAACACAGAAAAUCAAUGAUGAAAUCAAAGCCUUGGAGCUACCUCAGAAAAUGGAAGCUACAAAACAAUACAUCAAAGAUAUCGCUGCUGUGGUUUCUCAGAACAUACAGAAACUAAAAGACACUAGACUUGCCAUCAUCGUUAACUGGCUUAGUGAUCUCCUAAGCUCAACAGCAUUAAGUGAACUGAAAAGUAAAGCUUGUGAGUACCUGGAAGAUGCACGUGAGAGAAUUUAUCAAAUGGAUAUCCCAUUAGAAAUCCGGGGAUACCUUGAGAAGGUCAGCCAGCUCUACAGCACCAUAAUCACCUUCCUAGAUGAUCAAUGGAAAACUGUCUCAAAGAAGAUUACCCUUUUAGCUGAGCAAUACAAUGUAAAAACUAUGGCUGACAGUUUCAACCACUUUGUUGAAACUGGUUUCAAAGUUCCUGAGAUCAGAGCAGGCAUAAUCAACAUACCAGCUUUUGAAGUCAGUCUCCGGGUCUUGCGGGAAGCCACCUUUCAAACUCCAGAUUUCCUUAUUCCACUAACUGACCUGCGUGUCCCAUCUUAUCAGGUAAACCUCAAGAAAUUGAAAGAAAUCAGAAUUCCAGUCAGAUUUACUACUCCUGAGUUCACCAUUCUAAAUACAUUCAAGGUGCCAUCUUAUACAAUUGAUUUGAAUGACAUCAAGCUGAAGAUUGUGAAGACGAUUGACCAGAUCAUGUCGAGUGACUUUCAGCUGCCAACUGCUGAUGUGUAUUUCCAAGAUAUAAAGAUGAAAGAUAUGUAUUUUUCUGACUAUUCUUUCCCAGAAAUGAAUUUCCCUGAGCUCCAAAUACCUGAAUUACUGAUCCCAAAACUAAAUUUGAAUGAAUUCCAGUUCCCAGAGAUCCAAAUUCCAGAAUUCCAGCUGCCCCGCAUUCCACACUCUGUGAUGGUCCCUACAUUUGGAACAUUGUCUGGCGCUUUCAAAGUAACCUCUCCCUUCUUCACGUUGACUACUAAUGGUGCUUUUAAGAACACAACAGCUUUUGCCCACAGCCCAGAAUUUUUGGGGUCUAUUUCAGCAGUAGCAACAUCCAAAAUCAACUGCCUUGCUUUUGAAAUGACUGCAGAUACAAGUCUCUCUGCUCCCGAGAUGCAGCAGUUAAUCCUAAGAGACAACCUGAAGUUCUCCCACGUGUACAUUGAUGCUAUUCAUGCAGGUGAAAUAACAUUUUUGGGGACUUCUGUUCGGGGAAAUGCAGAAACUACAGCAAAAUUCCAUACUGAGCGUAACUCUAUAGAUCUGUACAACCAAUUAACAGGCAGCCUCCAGAAGAAGAUUUCAUUAGAGAGCAGGACAACCUACAGACACAGGCUAUAUAUUCCAAAUUUCAGCAGCCAAGCAGAAUUAAGUAAUGAAAUAAAAACAGCACUAGAAGCAGGACGCAUAUCAGCUACUUCCAUUGGCAGAGGAGACUGGAAAUGGACAGCCUUUGAUUACUCUGGUGAAGGAACCCAUGAAUCAAGUGUCAGCUUCGGUUUAGGGGGAUCUGUAGCUUCAUUCGUAGCACAAAACAAGAUCAAUGAUAAGUACUUGAGAGUCGACCAAAGACUGGCAUAUGAGUAUAAUCUACCAAGUUCUGCAAGGCUUGAAGUUCAAUCUGUAGUAGAAUCUCCACAGCUGGGACGUAGUGACUUAAAUGUGCAAGGCACAGGGAAUCUUGCAGAGCUCAAAACAGAACUGAGGGGCACACACAAUGCUAAGUUGAACGGACGCAUAUCUGGGACUAUAAAUAAUGAUGUGAACUUCUUGGUGCAGCCCUUUGAACUGAGCACAUCAACAAAUAAUAACAUGAAUGUAAAAGUUAGCUUCCCAAUGAAAAUCGUUGGCAAAAUUGAGCUCGUGAAUAAUUAUAUACUGGCACUGAGUCCCUCCACUCAACAAGUCAGCUGGGCAGCUGAGGGCAGAUUUAAUCAAUACAGAUACGUCCAUAACAUGUCUGCUGGUAACAACGAAGAAAAUAUUGAAGCUUCUGUGUCCAUGAAUGGUGAUGCUAACUUGGAGUUCCUAAAAAAUCCCCUCUCGUUUCCUGAACAAUCUAUCAUGGGCAUCAAGACACCCCCCAUGCAAGGAUACUCUCUGUGGGAGGACUCAGGGCUGAAGAAUUUACUGAAGACUACAAAGCAAUCAUUUGAUUUAAACCUGAAAGCUCAGUACAAGAAGAACAAAAAUAUGCACUCGUUUCAAAUUCCUUUGGAUGGAGUACAUCAAGCCCUGAAUCAGUACAUUGCAACCUUCAACAGGCACUUUGAGAAAGGUAGAGACAACACCUUAGCGUUCCUGACCGAGUCCUAUAACCAAGCCAAGACCAAGUUUGACAAGUACAAAAUAGAUACUUCAGUUAACAAAGUCCCACAGACAUUCAGGAUUCCAGGGUACACUGUUCCAGUGGUCAACAUUGAGGUAUCUCCUUUUACUGCUGAGCUCCCAGCUUUUGGCUAUGUGAUCCCUAAAGAAAUGAGCACUCCAAGUUUCACUGUCCCACUUGUUGGGUUUUCAGUGCCAUCCUAUACAUUGGUCCUUCCAUCAUUGGAGUUACCAGUCCUUCAUGUUCCCCAAGGUCUGCAGACUCUCAAACUUCCCAGCUAUCGAGCACACUCGCCUUUAAACAGAAUCUACAUUCCAGCCAUGGGAAAUAUUACCUAUGAAUUUUCAUUCAAAUCUAGUGUGAUUACCCUGAACACAAAUGCUGGCCUUUUUAACCAAUCUGAUAUCAUUGCUCGCUUGAGUUCAUCCUCCACUUCUGUGAUUGAUGCCCUGCAAUAUAAAUUGGACGGAACAACCAGCCUCACAAGGAAAAGAGGGUUGAAGCUAGCGACUGCAUUAUCCCUGAACAACAAAUUCAUAGUGGGAAACCACGACAGCACCAUCAGUCUCACCAGGAGAAAUAUAGAAGCUUCAGUGAUUACCACAGCAAAAAGCAGCAUGCCAGGCUUGAACAUGAAUUUUAGGCAGGAGCUUAAGGGAAAUGCUAAAUCAAAGCCAGUCAUUUCCUCAGCUAUUAAUCUAAACUACGCUCUUGACACUCGUGGUGCUACUGCUGAAGGAGCAAUUGUCCACAAGGCCACCUUGGAAAGCAUUGUAUCUUAUAUAUCUGUAGAUACUUCAACCAAUGCUUUCAUCAACGGAGUGCUUCACAAGAGAAAACCAUUUUCUGGAAAGUUGGUUCAUGAAGCAGAUGCCUACCUAAAUGCUAAAGGUGCUCGUUCCUCAGUCAAAUUUGAGACCAGCUCUGACAUUGAUGGAAUUUGGAAGUUUGACACAAAAGAAAAUGUUGCCAUUGAAGCAUCCACUCGUCGUCUUUAUGCAUUAUGGGACCACAAUGGAGAAAAUCAUCUGAAAUAUUAUCCGAUUGUCAGAACUGAAGGACAUCAGAACUGCAAAGUGACUUUAGAAGUAGAGCCUGGAAGUAUGUCCAUGCGUCUUCAGAUACAAGCUAGCCAACCAAAUAAUUUCUUCGGUGAGACUUCAGUUAUUCAAGACUUUUCCGUUGCCACCAACAGUGAGAAUCAGAAGAUUGAGUGGAAGAUCGAAGGCCAAACCCUCUCCCUCUUCCUUGGACAUCACUUGCAGUUAUCGAAUGACAACACAGAAGCUCAUUUUGACCUGUCCAGUUCUUUGGGAGGUCAUGUAGCUUUCCUCAGAGGUCUUGUGCUGCCAGUUUAUGACAAGAGCUUAUGGCAGAUCUUGAAAUUAGAUGACACCACUAGUCCUGGAGAAAGGCAAUACUUAAAUGUGUCAACAUCCUUCGUAUACACAAAAAAUGAAGAUGGGUACUUUAUCCCCAUAAAUGUCAACCAGCUGACGGAUGGAUUUACAUUCACAAUUCCUGAAAUUAACUUACGGGAUAUCAAAAUCCCCCAAAGACUGACCACCACGCCAUUUCACAUUGGAUUUCCAUCACUUCCAAAAAUUCAGUUUCCUCAGUACGAUGUAGUGACCAGCUUGAAAGAAUAUAAAAUUCCCUACUUUGAGGUGACUAUACCUGAGAAGCUAUUAACUGUAUCUGAAUAUACUCUUCCAAAGACCCUUUCUCUGGGUAAAAUCUUUGUGGACUUCAGCGCUGCAGCCAAGAAGAUAGCUGACUUUGAGUUGCCUACGAUUACUAUUCCUGAACAGCAGAUUGAAAUCCCAGCCAUUAAAAUCUCCUUCCCUGCUGGAAUCUACAUCCCCACUUUUGGAGCUUUAGGUGUUUCUUUCAAAGCUGCUUCACCAUUGUACAGUACCACCUGGAAAAUAGAUUUCAAGAACCAUAAAGACUCUUUCAACCAUUCCAUUGAUUUUACUGCAUAUUCACCACUGCAGUUCCUGGCCUAUGAUCUAAAAGGUAAGAUAUUAGAUAUAGAUAUAGAUAUAGAUAGAGAUAGAUAUAGAUAUAGAUAUAGAUAUAGAUAUAGAUAUAGAUAUAGAUAAAAGUUUUAGGUGUCUUGGAUCCUGAGGGAAGUUCUUUGCAAGGGAAGUGUGUCCCAUCCUCUCCAUUGUGGAAGGAAAAUGAAAGAGUGUGCUAGGAAUCUGAUACUUCAGGCAGAAUCUGAAGUAAUAGGAAUUAUACUUCAAUUUUUAAAAGAGUUUCACCAAUAUUUCAGUAAUAUUUUCAGCUGUCCCAUAAGGCAGACUAACAUUAUUAUGUAAUCACAUAUUGCUGUUGGAGGUGGCCAGGGACCAAAUAUGAAAGGUCAACUAGGUAGUUUAAGGCUAGAGGAAGAUUUUGACUCAUAGAGGGACAUUUGAACCAGGAAUAUCCAUUGUUCUCCUCCGAGUCACUGCCUUUUGCACUUUCCCCUUCCUCAAAACACAUUUUCUUAUGCCCUCUCCUUUUUGGAGUAUCUCUGGUAUGGAGAUACUCCAAAAAGGAUCCUCCAUGGAGAGGAAAAAGUGUGGGAAUGCCAUGAUUUUGAGGAGCACCUCAUAUGGACAAAGAUGGAGGUACAGGAAGCUUUCUAUCCCCAUUAAGCAACACCUAUAGAUGAGCCCCUAGUUUACAGAUGAGUCUGUGCAGUAGACCAGCUCUCUAUAAUAGCUGCAGCAGAUCCUGUAAAAUGUAGAAACCAGUGACAAAAACUUCUGCAUUCAGUGCAGCAAUUUAUUAUUUAAUGGAAAAGUGAGAUGUUGAGUACACAUUAUCUCAGCCCUAGACUUUCAAUGCAGGGUCCAUUUACGUUAGCUGUAAUUUCACCUGUGUGGAACCUUUUCUUCAUAGGUGUGUGGAUCUACAAAGGUAACAACAUCGAAGGGAACAGCCAUUUUGUGCAUCGUGACCUGAGUGCAGAAUAUAAAGAGCGUCUCACUGUACUAGAAAAUGGGUAAGGAUUUGUUUUCGUCAACCUAAACGGCACACUCUAUAGGCAAUCCCAGUUCAGUGAGCUAUGGCCAUUAUAAAAUGUGUGCUAAAUGUUGUCCUUUCACUUAGUGUGCUCCUAACAACCCUCUCUCCCCCCAAAAUGGGAGAAGGGAGGGAAUGACAUCCAAGGAAACAUGUCUGAAGGCGCCAUCUGCUCUCCUUUGAGAUUUGAAGACCUUGCGUGAUAGUCAACUAAGUCAUAUUCAGUGGGUUUACUCUGUGUUUGACAAAAUUGCCUAUCACGCAAGGUCUUUUUGUGGAUUCCAUCACCAGAUAUGAGACUUUAUUCCAAAGUGGGGCAGAAUCACUUCACUGGUUUCCUGGCAGCUGGGUCUUCUGCUGCUUGCUGGGAGGGAGAGUGGGGUGUUGGCAACCACACCAGCAGCAAAGCCAAUAUGGUGCUUCUAACUGUGCAUUUGAGUUUUUGUGAAGGGCAGGGGACAAAUAUUUAUAAUAAACAAAUGAGUGCCUGGAUAGCUCAGUUAGUAAGAACAUGGCCCAGAUCAUGACAAGGUUGCAGGUUCAAUCCCCGUAUGGGACAGCUGCAUAUUCCUGCAUAGCAGGGAGUUGGAUUAGAUGAUUCCAGUUCUAUUUUUCUAGAAAAGAGGUGUUGGAGCUCACCAUGAACUUCUUCCUUGGCAAUGGCACCCACCUGAGAGGUGCCAGAGCUGAGCUCCAGUUGUUGUUUUUUAAAAAGCCCUGGAUGGAAUCCUCAGCUUCCCUUCCAACUCUACAAUUCUAUGAUUCUAAGUCUUCUGAGAUAGACAGUCAUUUAAAACCAACUGUAUUUUUAAAUUAAUAACAAUUAAUAAUUACCUUUUCUCUGAUUGAUUCUGCCUGCUUUAGAACCACUGACUACACGAUAUAUCUGGAUGUCACCAGCCCAACCUUCACUGAUGUUCAAGUGCGUUUCCAUGAACAGACCGCAAGAGUUGCUACCUCAAUAUCUUCAUCUUCAGCUGGAACCCUUGGCUCUCUCAUCAGUCUGGAUAUGGAUACUUUCAAGGGCGAGGUUUUCUACCGAACUCUGGUAAGCAUGGCCAGAAUUAGGCCGUGUGCUCUUGCUUAAAGGAUCAUGAACUUACUACUGGCACAGUGCCCAUCUUUAUGAUAGAUGGGUUUGAAGGCAGAAGAGGGGGAAGUCAAGUUUUAUUGUGACAGUCCUGUAUUGUGAGGUCCCUGUUAACUGAGUUGGACUGGUUCACACCAGGAACAGAGGUGCGGUGAGAACAGGAUGCUCUGUGACAAAGGGAAAUGCCACUUCUGGGGUCUAUCUUUCCAUUUGCCACAGCAUAGUUGCUCUGCUUCCCUCUUUCGCCUCCUCAGCGUAAACUGAGUUUUUCAGAAUUUGAAUAUGUCGCCAGACUUCUAGCAGUACCAUGAGGGGAAGACUAAGAUGUGUGUUUUCUAAGGCCACUUUUAACUUAUUUGUAGAUGUUAGCCGAAUGCAGGCUUCUCCACCUGUUGCCCCCUCACCCCCAACUUGUUAGAUUACAACUCCCAUCAUCCCUGAUAGUUGGCUAUUGGAUUUUUAAAGUAUAAAUGAUUACUGCAGAAGGAAGCUAUAUCUAUGCACCGGGUCAUAUUCAUAUUUCAUGUUACUUUUUAUUUCCCAUAUUUUAGUGUCCUUGGGUUGACUAAAAUUAUUUAAUAAUUUAGAUAGGCUUAGGAUUUAAGUGUGUUAGGAAAGAAUUUAAGAUGUUUAAAGACAAAUCUGAAAGAAUGAAAGAUGUCAAGUGACUAAGUUAAAUUUUAUGAGAAAAUUGAGUUUGGAAUGAUAUAUAAUGAAAUUCAACCAAGAGGAUUUGAGGAAGUCACUAAAUAAUGUUACCAAGAUUUAAAUAGGAUGUAUGUUUGUGUGUGUGUGUGUGUGUGUGUUUGUUUGUUUGUGUGUUUGUGUUUUAAAAAUCUUUGGAAAAUUAAUAAAAAUGUUGAAGAAGAAAAAAAUAAUAAUUUAGGAAGGGCAGGCAAACAGGCACAAGCCAUAACCACAGAUAUGAUAAACAUUUUCUAUUAGUGGAAAACGUGUCUUGGGCUUUUCUUGGCAAAGUAGUGGGUGAGUGACAGUUCCUAAAAAUGUGUUUUGCAUUUGCAGUCUAAUCCUCAGGAAGACGUCAAUGUCUUUAAAAGCGAGAUAUCAUUCCGAAAUCCUGAACUGAUUCAAGUCAAAGCCAACUGGAAAGAGGAUGCUGCCAUAGACCUACUUGAAGGCUUAAAAGAGAAGGUGCCUAAAAUAGCCGGUGCUUUGUACAACUGUGUUAACAAGUACCACCAUGAGCAUAUGGGUAUUGAGAUCAACACUGCCACCUUGAAGCUGAAGGACAACCUGAAACAUAAUGCUGACACGGCUUACAGAGGUACUUUAAGCACUAUCAACGAACUGGAACAGGGGCUGCAUGGCAUAACUAAACAGGUCACUGGGGAAUAUGAAAUCUUGAGGAAGAAAGCCAAGACGCUGUACCACCAAGCUGCAGAUCAAGCCAACCAGAUGGACUAUGACCAAAUCAGAGCCCAGUUUUUUGAAGCCACCAUGAAUAUAAUCGCAGAAUACCAUAAAAGGGUGAAGCGUCUUAUUGAUUCUGCCAUAGAAUUCUUGAAGGUAACAAAAUUCCAGGUGCCAGGAGUAGACGGAGAGCACACUGGUGAAGAACUUUAUGUGAUGGCCACUGAGAAGUUAGCAAACACCGCAGAGCUCUGCAUCACAAAAAUGCAGGAAUAUUUUGAUGACCUGAAUGCAUAUGCGAAUGAACUAGAGGUUAAAAUUCCAAUUUCCGGCCAGACCCUCAAAGUUCGUGACAUACUUGAUGAAAUUAAGGUCUUUCUAACACAUGUUAGAAAUAGAGUCAGUAACCUGUUUCUUGCCCUUGAAAAGAUUGACUUCACACAAUAUCUAAGGGAGCUCAAGGAAGUCACUCAGCAAGUUUUCAAAGCAGCAGAAGAUCUGAUUGCAAAUUUGAAAGCCCAAAACUAUGAACAUUUAAAAGCCCAGGCAAGACAAUUCUCAGUCAAGAUCCGGCAAGGACUCAAUGAGUUAGCAAACAAUAUAGGAUACUUCGCUCAGCAGGUUGGAAAGUUUAUCCAGCAGACUUUGCAGGUUAGUUCCGUGGAGAUAGAGCGUUUGCUGCAAAGCAUCAAAGCCCUGCGGGAGGAAUAUUUUGACCCAAGCAUUGUUGGGUGGUCUGUCAAAUAUUACGAAGUGGAAGAGAAGGUGUUGGCUUGGCUGAAGGGUCUGAUCAAUGAUGUGGUAGAAUGGCAUGCCAAAUGGAUCAGUGGGGCUUCUGACAUGGUUGCACACCUGACAGAUCAAGUGAAAGAUUUUUUGGAGAACUAUGAAACUGAAUUCUCCAAGUCGGCUCAUGACAAGAUUCUAUAUUGGUCAGAAGCUGCUAAGAAGAGUGCUGCAGAACAAAAUCAAAAAGUCAAGGCAAAGGUAAAUGAGGCAUACGAGCACCUGUCUGAUUCCUAUGCAAGGCUUAUCGCUAACACUAAGACCCUGAUAGACCUGACAAUAGAAAACUAUACUGCAUUCCUCCGGUACCUCCAACAGCUUCUGGAUCAGUUUGAACAAGCGACAGCUGACACACUGAGGCCCUAUGUCGUUGUCCGCCAAGGAGAGCUCAGGAUAGACAUCCCAAAACCAUUUGACUUGCCAACCAUUUAUCAGAUGAGCCAGCUCAGUGAGGAAGAUAUGAGAAAGAAACUGGAAAUAACGCGGGAACUGAUUCAGCAAGGUGUCGAACAAAGCUCCAGGAAAUGGGAAGAUCUGCAAUAUUUCAUUGAUCAGCAGAUCAGCGCUGGGCAACUGACCAUGCAACAGAUCAAGGAAAAUGUACAGAAGCGCUUGCAAUCUUGAACAGACAAAGAGAAAGAAAGGUAGUGCAAGCUUUUACCACGCCAUAUUUAAAGCCAGCGGCAAUCAUUGCUCUUGGAACAUCAGAAAGCUAUUUGUUUGAAUUUGGCAUUUGUAAAUGAAAACGGAAUAAUUUGUGGGUUAGUCUAAUGCUUUUCAAAAGCCAAUAAAUUAAUUCUUUGUGACAUUUUAGUGUCCUUUCAUUGAAACCAGUUUUCUUUUAGGUCAUAGGUCAUAAUCCAGUAUUUUUUAAUGGAAGCAUUUUCAGAGGCUUCAGAUGGAACAGGGCCAGAACCCACAUUGAGCAAAACGUUUUGAAAAUUGCUUCAAUGGAAGAUGAGAACCCAAUGGAACAAGAAGUAGCAUGUGAUGAAAAAGUCAGCCUAAGAACCCAGCUUAAGAAUGUGAACUAUAAAUAAAUUUUAAUUAGGCAAGUAACAGGAGGAAAGUAGGCAGAAGCGUACGUGUUGGGUUGGAAUGUGCAUUCUCCAUAAAACGAAACAAAGGCAUCAUCAGUGAAUAAAAUUGAUCUGUCUACAAAGUUAAACAUUAAGUUUCUUUUGUGCCCUAAAUAGUCCUCUAACCAGUCAAGGGUCAAGCACUGUACUUGUCAACAUAGUUUCCCUUUUUUCCGUCAACCGUGUUAGUAUUUUCUGGUUUGUAGAACCAUUAUUUUUAUAUUUCUAUUUUAAUUGUUGAAUAUUUUAUUUUUGGUUCAAUCCAAGGCCCACCAUUGUUUCAGGCAAUCUUCAGCUUAAACUGAGGUUGUCAGCUCCUUGUUCUGAAGCAGGCUGGUGUCCCACUGUUUUUACUCUGCCAGUACUACUUAAAUAGGCAAAAUUCAUUAGAGGCAGUAUUUCAAGAAUGAGCACUCUCUUGCUGCUCAGCUGUUGAAAGUGCAGAAUCCUUCUCUGGGCAACCCCGCAGGAAGGCCGCCUGUGAAUAUUCCUGAGUUUGAAAAUUCUGAAAUUUCUGAAAGCAAAAUAUUUGGGCCUAAUAAUUUAUUUGGUUUUAUAUUUAGCCAUUAGAACACACUGUACAUAUCAGAGAUCAGACUAAUAGGAUUCCCACCCUUUCCCGUUCCCUUCUUGCUUUUCUCAGAACAAACUUGUUUUGCAAUGUCAGUAGAAAAGUUGUGUAUAUGUAUCCUUUAAUUAAACAGUUCACUCUGCUAGUUUUUGUAUUUUUUUCCCCUUACCUUGUUAAUUUAUGAAAGGAGGUUUGCUCUGUUUCGUUUUCUUUGAAUCAUAUUCUUUUCAUUCUCUUUUCCUGGGAGACUUUUUGGGCUCGUUACAAAGGGAUUUUGCAAGUGUGUUCUAAGUCUGUCAGAGAUCUUUGGAAAACGAUUCUCAUUAUUGGAAGCUAAACCUUUGGCAGAGGAACCAAAGAAUUUCAAGAAUAGCCCUAUCAACUCCAUCCCAUCAUGGUUUCUCCAUUUUGUUUAUGGGGUUUUGCUCACAGGAUGCUUUGGCUAGGGUCAGUGAAGAGUCUGUGACUCUGUUGGGUAGGAGGCAGCCCGUCCUUCUCACCCACUUGAAAUGGUUUACAUAUACAAAACCAAUUGUGAGGCCUACACUUUGAUGAGCAGCUCAAUAGUCAUGGGCUUUCACUGCUUCCAGAAGGUCUGGGUCCGGGCAAGUCUAAAAAAGAAGAGAAUUAAGAGAGGCCUCUCUGCAGCCUUGGUGUUCUGACUUAGCACACAGAUAGUAAGCUGAAGAGGGCAUUCCUCAUUGAUCUUAAAAAGUUGAGGUGGGACUAGAGGCUGUUGGUCAUCAUCAGCACUGAGUUAAGCCUGGAAGAAAGUGGUGCAGAUACCAGUGUCCCAAUGCCAUGUGAUCCUGGCAACCCUUCAGGUGGGCCACAUUGCAGUUUGCAUUACCUUGCACAGCUUUCAAACUGUGACCCUUGACAAUGCCAGUGAUGUGACAUGUCCUACGCAGCUUUUCCAAAUGUUCUGCUAUUGCUCUAAGUAACGGUAUACAUAAGGGACCCUUCUCGAUGGGAACGAAAGCUCUCAGGUGAAAUGCUUCUAGGCAGUCAGAUGGUGGCACUAUGCACAAAGUUCCACUGGGGGCCGUUCUGAGCUCAUUAAAAUGUGUGUUAUGCUGCUCA